AUGGGGCGAGAGGCUGCUGCGGAGUCCAGCAUCUCCCCACCGGGGGCCCGCGAGGCAGAGGAGCCGCCGCCGCCGCUGCCGCCGCCGCUGCUGAAAAACAACGGGCGAUGGGUAAGUGGGAGAAGUCCCCCCCCCUCACUGCCCCCCCACCCGCCGUCACGCUCUCCUCUCCGGCCCUCCUUCCCCGCUGCCCCCCUUCCCACUUGCACUCCGAACCCCCCACUCCCCAUCUCGCUGCCACCCUUCCCUGCCCCAUUCCACCCAUCUUCCCUUUUGACGUGUGUUCCCAUUCCACCCCACAUCGCUCCUGACCCCAAGGGUCUCCCUUGCCACUUGUGCCUCCUCGCUUCGUCCCUCCCCCCCCACCAAAUCGUCAGAUCUUUGUGUAUGGUUAGGAAAGUGGGGGCGGGGGCUUCUUUGGAGGCACAAUUAUUUUAAGACUGUAGGGGUGCGGGAAGAGGUCACAAUCAGUCCAUUCUUUGAGUCAGGGAGCUAAUAGUGUUCUGGGGACCAGACACUCUGCACCAUCCAUCCAGGAGGAAACUCCCAAGUGUUUUUGAUCUUUCACUUGCCUUACUUCACUCUGAGCCUUAGAAAUAAUGGGGGGGGGGGUUGCAGAUUUGUGUGUGUGUGUAUGUGUUGGGAGGGUAAGGGGUAGCAGGGACCCUGCCCUCGCUCCCCCAAUCUCUGCUGCUGCUUGUGAUUGUAGUAUGGGGAAAAGAGAGAACUGGGGGGGGGGGGUUGGGUUUCCUUCUCCUCCUUAGCACUGUAGGGAAACAACCCACCUGUAUCUGCAGGGAUGGCUAAGACAUGACCAGAGAGAAGAUGCUGCCCCUUCUGAAAGACCAUAACCCCAGCAUCUCUCUCUGUCUGUCUCUAGAGAUGGGGAUCUCCUGCAUUGCAAAGCCAAGGCUAGAUUACAAGCCCACUCUGCCUUUCCCACCCUACAAAGAGAGAGAGAGAGAGAGAGAGAGAGACAGAGACACCUCAAAGCAAGGCUGGGAACCUACAAGCGCAGGCACUGCAGCAACAGCCCAUCUGCUGCCCAGCUCUCAAUGCCAGGAGGGCACUGAUGGUGUAUUUGUGCCAAGCCUGCACCGUGCUAUAGGCAGUAAAUAAGGGGGGAGAGGGGAGAGAUGAGAUAAAGAGAGGUGCGAUUUGGAACACUUAUUCUAUAGAAUAAGCACAGAGGUUUUCCUUUCCGAUCCACUCCCUCAAGCAUACUGCUCAUUGUGUUGUUGAUUUUAAAUGAUCCCUAGACAGGGUUUGAUACAGAAGCUGGGCUUCUUUCCCUUGGCUUAUAUAUAGGGCCACUGGCAAUGUCUGAAGAUGCACAGCUAGACAGACAGAGCUCUGCCUCUCUGUAUAUUGUGGUGAAGGAGGGACCAUCCGGUGCUGCUCCAUCCCAGGGAGAUGUGAUUGUCUGCAGGAGCACAACAAAGGUGUUGUGGUGGGGAGGAAAGGAGCCUGUGCUGCAGAUGUAAACCUACUUAGGCAGUAUUAUGGAAAGAAGGGGUGGGGAGAGCAAGCAGGAGGGAUGGAAGAGAAAGAAGACUUGGACCCCCACAGCUUUCCUUUCUCCAGGGAUUUGUGGGUUCUACCUGCUGGGUUCUCCUCUUGGGCCACAUUUAAGCUGUCCUCUUGGCACAUUUUAAGGACCAUUAAAUAGAUCAGGCAAGAGCAAAUAUUCCCCCAAAGUAGAAUUUUCACAGUUGGGAAAGCUGUCCCCAUCAGCAGCAAGGAUAGCAUAGCAGAGCUUUUUGCCUGUUGAAAGUUCUUCACACAAACCAUCUCAGUAAUAUUUAGAACAACCCUGUUAGGUAGGCCAGUAUUUUUAUCCCCAUAUUUGUAGGUGGAAGGCCAGUAGUGGCUUGCCAAAGACAACCUGGUGAGUUUGAGUUAGAUCUGAACCAGGGACAUACUUGGCAAUCAUUUAUAGGCUGCUUUUGCACAUAUGUACCUCACAUGAGCCAAUGCACCAUGGCUGGGAGUGGAAUAUAUGAACUUGACUACACUGAAAAAGUAUAGAUGCUGAGUUGGAGCAUUUUGUGAUAUAAAUAACCAUGUGUGGUGAUAGAUUGCAGCUGACUCUUUCACACAUGCCAGUCAUCACUUGAUGUUGCAGUCAUCAUGGGAUGAACUUGCAUGUUGAGCUAGACCUUAGGCUGAGAGUGUUACUCAGUUAACCAACAAAUUUCCUGGAGGUUCAGAUGUGUUUAUGCCCCUCCGCAGUCACUGCUGAGAGUGGAAGGGGCUGACUCAUCUGUAAAUCCCAAAAUAUACAUACAUUUCAGCAGAAACUGAAUCAUCCACAAGGCUCACUACCUUCCUAUACAUAGGAGCACAGGAAGAUGCAUCCUACCAAGUCACACUGGCAACUGACCAAAAGGUUGGUGGUUGAUGGCCACCCAGGGAUGGUGGUGGGCAGGAUUCCUGCAUUGCAGAGGUUGGACUAGAUGACCCUCAGGAUCCCUUCCAACUCUACAAUUCUCUGGUUCUGCAUGCAAUGAUCUACCAUUGACCUCUUCCCUGACCUACACCCCCUCAACUCCCUAUACAACAGAGCUCAGAUCACAAGGAAUCACAAAUAUCAAGAAAAGCAGCCCAUUCCCCCAUUCCUUGGAACUGCUGUGCUUCUCCCUCCACACCAGCAUUUUUUUUAAUGGCACAAGCUUUAAUGGACUACCACCCAUGCCAUCAGAUUCAUUAUGUGCUAGUCCCACGCACAUGCUAGAGUGGUGGGAUUGUAAGCAGAAGAAAAAGUAAAUGCAGGAAAGCAGAGAGGCAGUGAUAAUUACGUGAUGAGCAGAGUGGCCACACAUUCCCAAACAAAUCCUUGUGUCACCUGGAAAUUCUUCAUUUAAUUUUUCCUAUUGAUUGUCUCUUUUCCAUCUACGUUAUCUAAUCCACCAAACUCUAGUCACUAUAAUCUAUAGUACCUUUCCCUUCCCCCUGCACUGGAUGGCAGGGCAUGCCCUAGGGUAUGUGAUCCAUGUGUGCUGCAAAUCUGGGGUUAAAUUUGACAUCAGCUAGGAACUGGGUGACAUUUUUUCAGAAACUUGAAAAUAGUACAAUAGGGCUAUCGCCGUCUGUUGGUACGUGUGCUCUCUUUUUUUCUAUCCCAUUGGCCUUUGGUCCAGCAGAAUUUGCAUUGCUUGGAAAAUCUGCUUUGCCUAUAGUGGGAUGGAUUUUUUUUAAAAAAAUAUGCAUGUUACUGUGGUUCUUCUGUACUUCAUUCAGAUUUCUGAAAGACUGUAGUCAGUACUCAGCCUGGAUAGAAGAGGGGAACACAGGAAGCUGCCUUAUAUGAAGCCAGACCAUUGAGCCACCCAUCUCAGUGUUGUCUUCACAGACUGGCAGUGGCUCUUCAGGGUUUCAUUGCAGGAUUCUCUCCCAGCCUGACCUGGAGAUGCUGGGGAUUGAACAUGUGACCUUCUGCAUGCAAAACAGAUGCUCUACCACUGAGCUAUGGCCCCUUUCCCUGAAGCCCCACCUCCAAAGAUAAGUUCCAUUCCAAAUAGAGAAGUAAAAGUGGGGAUAAUCUGUGCAGCAUUUGGUGAGACAACAGAGACAGGGGCAUUAAAAAACAAACCAACCCUAGGUCGAGGAAGAUGGCAUUUCGUCUGUGUCUUUUGGAGGCGAAAAAUGCCCAAAUCUUCCCUUCCCUGAUGCCCUUUGAGAAUCCUUGAGUCUCUGCAGUGAAGUCUUGUUGUAAACAGUAGACUUGGACCGAAGCCUACAAUUACCACAGGCUGUGGCAAAGCUCCCAGCCUAGUAGCUGGACUGACUGACUCAAGGUAGCUUUGCAGUAGAGACAGGAAGUUUGCUGCAGGUGUGACAUCCUUUCCUGCUGGGGCGCUGUGCCAGAAAUCUAUAUCCCUUGGUUUGGAUUCUGCAAAUAUGCAGAUGACCCAAAACUGGAUGCAGAGUGCACCCAGCCAAAUGCGGAGAGGGAACCUGACCAAUUUUCCCUGCGGGUGCCAGCUCACAUUAAGAAGGCCCUUUCCCAGAUUGCUGUCCAAGCAGCUGCUUCUAAUACCAUCAUGUUUCUUUGCGUCUGUGAUGCCUGCUUGAAAUGCCACCGUAUCCCUCAAGCACUUUGAGCUGCUUCAGGGACAUGCUAUGGCCUCUUCCUUAUAGAAAAUAUCAGGCAGGCAGACAGAGAUACAGCUGAAGAAAUAGGUUUUUGUUGUAUUGCAUCCUAGGAUUUAUUUUGAUAUAAACACACACUAUACUCAUGAAAGACAACCAGGAGACUGGAAACUGAACACACCUUGUCAGAAAUCAGAGUCUCUUAGGUGUAAUCAUUUUCUAUCCAGAGUUCAUGUGCUUAUCAAAGUGCUGGUUUAUGGUUGUUUUUCCAUUUGUCCUUAUUUGCUCCUUGUGCCUGUAUUUUUGUGGGCAUGCUUGCAUAGUAAGCUGAAAGUGGUGCAUGCACAUUACUAUGGGAUGUACACAAAGCAUACAGAGUGGCCAGGGACUAGAAGACAUUUUAGGGUUGCCAACUCUUUCCUGCACGGUUUCUAUACCUAUUUCAGCUUUGGGAGAAGCAAAAUUUAGCUGGUGAACGGUUAGUGCAUCUCCAUGCUUUUCCUGCUGAAUUUCUGUUUGCUGUUAAAGGCACAGGAGCCACGACAAAAAGAAAUUUGGUAGCCAUGAGAGAAACUCAGCAACAAAUAAUUUUAAAAGCUGGUGAAAGAAAUUCUUUUUUUGGAUCUUUUAAAAGAAAGGUUGGAUAGAUAGCCAAUAUAAUCUCACUUUCUCUGUUCCUUCUGAACCAGAAGAGGCAGCUGAGGUGUUAGAAAGGUGCUUGGGGGCUGUGAUGGGCUGAAUGUGGGCCAAUAAGUUGAGGCCGAAUCCUGAAAAGGCAGAGGUGUGUUUUGUCCCAAGUUCUCACACCCAGAAGGUGGGAAGACAGUCUGUUAUGGAUGGAUUUGCAUUGCUCUGGAAGGGCUGGUCUGUUGGUUGGGGUGCUUCUGGAUUCAACACGGUCACUGGAGGCUCAGGAUACCAGUGCCUUUUUGCAGCUAUAGCCGGUUCACCAGCUAGAGCCUCUUUUGGACAACAAUGAUUUGUGCCCCAUGCUCUAGUCACUUCCAGGCUGGAUUAUUGCAGUGCACACCUAUGUGGGACUGCCAUUGAAUACAACAUGGAUUCAGCAAAUGCCAGAGACACACCUCAUUGCCCUGGACUUUGGCACCUGAGAUGUGUGUUUCCAUCUUAUUUUUGCAACUGUGAGCUGUUUUGAACUGUUCUUAACAUUGUAUGUUAAUUGUUGUAACCUGUCCCGGGACCUUAGAGAGUGAAGGGUAGGUCAUAAAUUAAAAUAAAGUAGUAAUAGUAAUAAUGAUGAUGAUGAUGAUGAUGUGUGAAUCUAUAUCCAGAAAGUUUGCAGCAUGUUCUUGUAGGUGGGGGACUUUUGUAAAAGCAGAACCUCCCUUUGUUUGAUCCUUGGUCCAUCACCUCCACUUGACUCUCCCCUAGCCCAUCAUGUAGCACGAUCUCCCUCAGUCUGGUGCUCUCCAGCUGUUUGGGACUACCACUGACUGGGAACUAAUGGGAGUAGUAUAAAACAGCUGAAGGGCACGAGGUUGUGGCAGACUGAGGAAGGCCUCUUCCUCCUUUCUUAUAUUGUACCUUCUGGGCAGCCACUGCAACCGUUCUGUGGAGGACUUACACACUACCAGGCCCUCAGAAAUGCUCCAUGCUUCUAUUCGCCCUUGACCUAAAAAUGGCUAAAUAUGCAUAUACCCAAGAUCUACAGUUUUACUUAUUUCACAGCAUCAAUACUGCUUAAUUAAAUAAUAACAAUCUCUUGAGCGGUUUACAUAAAAUAGUAGGAACGUCUGAUAUACUUGAACAGUUAAGGAGUGUGUAUAUAACCUGAUUGCAGCUUAUGCCAUCUCUCUCUCUCUCUCUCUCUCUCACACACACACACACACACACACACACACAAACAGCUGUGUGUUAAUCUUUUGGCUGGGGGAUAAAACUCUGCACGGGGACAGAGGUCUUAUCAAGCUGCCGCUGGAUUUCCUGUCACAAGCUUUCUUAAGAACAACAUCUUGAAGAUUAAAAAAAGAAAGAAAGACAGAAUGGGCAGAUUGGAUGAAGGAAUGGAGUCGGGGGGGGGCAGGAUAAGUGCCAGUGGGGACUACCCGCCCAGGAAAUUCUCCUGUAAAAGCCCCAUUGAAACAGACAGGGGCAAUGGGCAGAGCUUCCCCAGAGGGCUGUGACUAACGGUUGCCAAGGCUGGCAAGGCUCGAGGUGGGGCCGCACUCUCUGAAACGGGCUCUUUGUACAUUGUUGGAAUCUGUGACCCAGUCAGAAUGGGAUACGGUUUGAGGAGGAGGUGGCAGUGCUGAGGAAGCCUGGCACAGCCUGCAGCCAUGCCAGGGUGGGUGGCCAGCCAUUGCCUGGCAUAUCAAGCCCGGCUCAUAUCUCUGGGUCAGGUCAUGUGCACCAAGGCUUACACUCACUGCGCAUCGCCUGUGGUUGCACACUGGUGGGUGUGGGCAGUGCUUUCUCCUCUUCCACCUUGCUGGGGGUGAGCACAAAGCAGGGGGAGAAGUACUUUCCGCUCAGUGUGCCACCAGGUUGGCAGGUGUGUGCUGUGAGUAGUCAAGCCAUUCUGCUUUCCCCUUAAGGUUGUCAUGAGAAGAAUGGCUGCGGGACAUUGUGUCCCCUGUUUGUUUGCUUUUUAUUUAUGGACAUUUUCCAGCAUACAAUACAAUAAAUAACAAACUAAUCUUAAUAGAAGUUAAAAACAAAAGCAAAAAAGAGGGAGAGGGAGAGGGGAAGAAAAUAUAAAGUCCCCUAUCGGAGGUAGAUCUUAACUCUUAUCACAGAUAAAAGCUGGCAAAUGCUCCCAGCUCUCACCUGGGAGCUUCCCUUUCUUCUCCCAGCCCCCACCCUGUGAGAUCUUCCCUUCCCUGCUUCUCAAACAGGGUCUUUCCCCUUCCAUCCAUCACCUUCCUCUGCAUUCCCUCAUUAACUCAGAGCAUCAAGAAACAGAACGAAACAUAAGGAAGAAUAAAGUGGAUAGAAGAAGAAAGAAAAAGAGAAAACUCAGGAAAUUUAAACCAGGCACAGCCUAGAAGGACACAGUCCUGACCCCAGUCCAGGUAACCAUGCUGAUGCCAGCACGGUGAUCGCUUCAGUCUAAGGUCCUGAUCAAGCAGAUUAAUUGUGUAUUGGCUUGAAUCCAAGAUAAAAUUGACUAGUGGAGUUGAACUAAUGGAGACAAGCCCUCAGGUGCUCAUACGGGCCGUAGGUCAGUGGUAGAGCGUCGGCUCUGCAUGCCAAAGGUCCCAGGUUCAAUGCCCUGCAGUUCCAAGUAGGGCUGUGAAAGAGCCCAGACUGAAACCCUGGAGAGCUGCUGCCAGUCAGUGUAGGCGGACCAAUGGUCUAGCCCAAUAUAAGGCAGCUCCCUGUAUUCACCCAGGACAUAGAGCUGUAGGUUCUGAGGUGUCUCUAGACUGGCCUUUCUCAACUUUCCCAGCUAUAGUUGGACCACAUCUCCCAUCAUUCCUAGCCAGCAUGGCCAGCGCUCAGGGAUGAUGUGAGUUGUAGUUCAACAACAUCUGGUGACCCAAAGUUGAGAAAGGCUGCUCUAGACCAUUCAUUCCCAAACUGGGAGAAUUGCAGGUGUGCUGUGAAAAUUAAGGGAAUUAGGUUACAAUCCUAUGCUCACUUUCUUGGGAGUCAGACAGAGGGGCUAACUCCUGAGUAAACAUGCAGAGCCUUGUACUGUUCAGAAAAAGCUCCUGUGAGUCCGAAGUACCUAUCCAAGAAGGAGGCUACCUGUUGCCUCUCUGAUGAGUCACUGCAGAAUUACCUACUCCUUGGAGGAGAAAGCUUCUUGGGCCACGCCACCUUCCUGUCAGAAGGAACACCCAGAAUAAUGACUCACCCAGAAACACAGGGAGUGUGCGUCCUCUGUGCACAAAUAAUUCUUGCCCUAAAAGAAAACAUUUUCAGGUGUAACCUCUUAAUGUUGUAAGAGGAGUUGAUCUCUUAACUGUCAUCCAGUGUGCAUACAUGCAUGUGCUUGUGUGCCUCUGUAUAAAUUAACAGAAUUGUAGAGUCAGAAGGGACCCUGAGCAUCAUCUAAUCCCUGCAGCAGUGGAGCGUAUUUUUAUGGUGCUUGGGGCACAUGUGUGUGCCGGGGGGCAUGGCGCAGAGCACGGAGGAUGAAUGGAGCCUGCUGCACACCAGCCCUUGCCACCCACGUAGUGACACCAGCCCCAAACCACUUUGCAAGGUUGGAAUGAUGCCAGCCUCGCAAAGUGGCACAGGCCCUGCUUUGCAAGGCUAGGAUCUGGGGAGGAUGGAGUGAAAAGGAUGCCAUGCAGCCUUCCAUCCCAGUCCCUCAAAGGCAAGGCUGGGAUCAAAGGGUGCUUGGCAUUCUUCUCACGCCACCCUCCUCGAGCCACGUUGUGAUGCUGAGAUCUGAUCAGAAUCAGUGGCAUAGGGCUGACUCGGCUGGGUGGGUGGUGCAAGUUGCGCCCCCCCAAAUGUACCCAGGGCGAGCACCCUGACAGUCCCCCACCCCAUGCUACGCCCCUGCCCUGCAGUGCUGGUGUGUGUGCAUAAAUCAGCCUACUGUAGAAAGGUAUGAUAUGCAUUUGUUGCUCCACCCACUUUUGCCUGAGCCCCACCCACCACUGGCCUGUGGCCCCUGGAAGAUUGCCCGGAAUGGGAUGUGGCCCUCAGGCUGAAAGAUGUUCCUCACCCCUGAUCUACACUGACUGCCAGCUGCUCUCUAGACUUUUGGGCAGGAGUCUGUCCCAGCCCUACGUGGAGGUGCCAGGGAUUUACCCUGGGACUUUCUGCAAGCAAGACAAGUGCUUUAACCUCUGAGCAUCAGCCCUUCCCCAAUGUGCCACCUUCGUUCUCCACAUCUACGGAAGUAUUGUUUCUGGUAUAUACUCUGUUCCUCAUGUCCAAAGAAACACUUCCCAGUGUGUGAAACGUACAGCCUCCAUAAGCAGCUUCAUUUGCCAGCUUAAUAUUAUCUGCUGCAGCAAUGCUGAUUGUUGUUCUAAGGACAACAUGUGUAUAGUUCAUUUUAGAGUAUUUCUCUAGGAAAGUGCAUCAGAAUAAGCAACCCCGUUAAUUAAUGUGAAAUAGCUAAGGCGGCUAACAAAAUCAAAAGAGCAUUUAAAAAGGAAGUCAUCAGUUUAAAAUGGCAUUUAAAGCAUAACAUAAACCUCCUAGACCUGACUUCUGCUGCAUACAAACUUUACCUUUAAAGCACAUCCCCGGCCCAACCAAAGUAUCCUGGAAACUGUAGUUUGCUAAGGGUGCUGGGAAUUGUAGCUCUGUGAGGGGUAACUCACCAUUCCCAGAAUUCAUUGGGGGGUUCUUUAAACGUAUGGUGUGGGCAGUCUCCAUCUCCUAAGCAGCAGAUGAGAUGUCAUGCCUGGAUUAUCUCAUGUCUACUUGAGACUGCAGGUCGGAGCUCACACGAUUGAAUGGUUCUCCAUCCAAAGAAGUCCUAAAACUAAAUGUCUGAUAGAAGGAUGCUAGCCUAAGCCUUCUUCCAGCAAUAUUCUUUUUCUGUAAGCACAAAAUCCUUUUUCUUCAUCAUGUCAUCAGCACCCUAUCAUGUGAACUCCCACUUGUAUGCCAAAGUCAUAAACAGGUUUAUGAAAAGUAAAUAGCCCUUCUAAUGAUGCCUCUCCCUGGCUGUUGUGGCCUUUCUGAAAAUAUAAAGCUCAAAACCUGAUGCCAGCGACCUUUGGACUCCUGAUUCAUUAGGGCUCACUUGAAAGUUAUGGCUGCUGAGGUUUCAUAAUGACAGCAAAUGUUUAACAUACACAGAAAGGAGCCUGCAGUAUAGAUACACUGUCUAAAAUGUCUUUAAAGUCAACAAUCUUUUUAUGUUGGCUUAAGCCUUGCUGGUAAGGAUACUAAACAAAUAACUGAAAACGAACAAUAUGAGGAAAGCAGCGCAUCUCAAAGGGAGAGGAACUCGGAGAAUAAUAAGCAAUUAGCCCAAAGACAGACGUCAUCAUGGCAGAGAUUGCUUUAAAAUAAACUUCUAUUGUUAUAACUAUUGUUAUAACUUGGAAGCUAUUGUUAUAACUUGGAAGGCAGAAAUCCAUGCCAACCUGCCGUAACUCACCCAGAUAUCUACCAGGAGAUCCAAGGAUAACUUCAGCCUGCUCCUGACUGACAAGAGUUCUCUGCUUGCUGUCUCACCCUGCCCCCCUCUAGACCAGCCCUACCAUUAGGCAAAAAGUGGGCAGUGGCCUGUCCUGGGGCCCCUAAACUAGCCUGCUGACCAGAUAUGCUAUCCUGGACCACCAACCUUCUGAUCGGCAAGCCCUAGGCUCUGUGGUUUAACUGAAGUAAUGUUGGAGGGUAUGCAAAUGUAUUUUAGGAGCUGAGUGAACAAAUAAAUGACUGCAAGCCUGAUAAUGUCUACUCAGAGGUAAGUCCCAUUGAACUCAGUGGGCCUUACUCUCAGGUAAGCAAGUUUAGGACUGUCACCUAUGGUAGUUUUGAAGCAUGGUAAUUAUCACACUGAGGCAAGGAAAGUGGGUGCAGAAGAACUUGGGCAUUCUUGGCAAUGCUCUUAAGUAUACACUCCACUUCUUUAGGGAAUGCAAAGCAAUUAGCAAGCACUGGGGGAGGAAGCGUAAUUAGCUAAGGAAUCUCAUGUUUGUGGCCAAUUUGCAUUAAUCAGCCCCAGGUGGGAAGGAAGUAGCACUACCACCAUUUCACAGAAUGGGAAACAGAGGCUCUGCAGAAUGUAAUUUACUCUUCUGAAGAAUACCAGAAGGGACCAACAUCCAGUCUACUAACAGUGUAAUGCUAUAUGUGUCUGUUUAGAAGUAUGUCCCAUUGAUUCCUGAGACAUACAGUACUCCCAACUAGGUGGGGAAAGGAGUGUAGCCAGGAGUUUCUGGGUAAUGGCUUAAUCAAAGAAGUAGAAAAGCAGCUUCUCAGUAGGUAAGAAGUGGGUUUGUUCCACUUUAACCUCUCUACUGUUUUUAUUUCUUUUUGUUUCUGCUCUUAUCCAUUCCUGUAUCUUCCCAGAGUUUUGUUUCUUGAUCAAUGCAGCCUUACAUUAAGUAAUUAAUUAUACCCUAACAGUGAAACCUAUGGGCCAUGUUAUUGAGGGAAAUUAAUCUGCAGUGAGGAUCCUCUUCCUGUAUUUUUAAAACAUGUUUAUAUACUAUAUAUUUAUACAAUCAAAAACGUAAGAAAAGAAAUAAGCUCCAAUUGAUGGGGGGGGAUACAACUGAAUAAAAAUAACAAAAAAAAGAGUACAAAUUUGGGUGGUUGUGUUUCUUGGGAAUAAUAAUUAGUAGUGUUGGAGGAUAGUAAAUGUUCCUUUUUAAAGAUUUGUUUUGCUUGCAAGUAUCAGUCUUAUGUUAUUCACAGUUGAGGCUGAUGGGUGCAUUUUUGACUAUUGUAAAAUCUUUCCAGGUAUAGGACUGAAGUUGCUGUAUACCCUUUGCUUCAUAGUAGUCCCUAUUGACUUCAGUGCAUAACCAGCUGCCUUUUACUGCCCUAUCUAGUUCAGUACCGUCCACGCCAGUUGAAAAUUGCAGAGGGUCUUGGCAGAACACUUAAUGGUUUGUGUGCCUGUUGUAGCAUUUGUAAUGUACUAUGCUAAAUGCUGUGUGGUUUUAACUGUAUUUUUAUUUCUCAUGUUGUGCUGAAGGGUGGGGAAAUUCCUUAUUUCUUGGCGUCAACAGAUUGCCACCAUUAAAAACAAAUAUAUUAAAACUGAACCUCUUGAUCCUAGCCUCCCAUUAACUUUUUUAGAUAAAAGAUGACAGCAGCUUAUUAAUGAAUUUACCCUACAACAGAUAAGCAGCAGCUGGGUGUAACUACCAUGUACAGUACAGACCUAUUAGAAAAGGGUUUUUUGCUAUCCUCCUACUCCUAUGACUUCAGGUUUGUUCUUCUCACCUUUGUUCCCAUUUAUUGGAUAUCUUUCUCACUGCUUCCUUUCAAAUGCCUCUUCCCCAUAUCACUUCUGAUCCAUUCUUUUCACCUUCCCGGAGGACCUCCAGGUUCUAAGAAUGACUAGCAGCCGCCGCACCCACCGUUCUUCACAGACAUGUCUCAGACCACCUGAAUGAAGCUCACAGACUCCAAUCCCUGGCCUACACUGACUGGCAACAGACAGUAAGAGUGCAUGGAGGCAUGGGCUGCAAGAUCUGAAAGCACUUGCAAUGCAGUCCUGUGCAUUGACUUAAGAGCAGCCCCAUUGAACUUACUGGCACAAUUCCCAAUAAAACUGCAAAGGGAUAGGGAGCUCAGGGGGCGGGGGAAGCAAUGCAGAAUGUCAAGCCCUCUUUAGUACUUGCAUUUGCAGAAAUGCAACUUUUGAAACAAGAACUCUCACUCUCUCCCCUAUUAGCAUAUAUGGAAGCAAACGCCAUUUAUUUAUGGCAUUUAUGCUGCCCUACAACCAGAACUAAUGGGUAGCUUACAAUACAAAUAAUAAAUUAAAGCACAAAAACACAAAUGCAGCAUAAAAUUAAGCAUCAGAGAUUAAAUCAAUGGAUUAAAACCAAUAAGAACUCAAAUUCACCAACAGUACAUCUUAGAAACACUUUAAAAAAAAUUUUUUUUUAAAGAUGGGGAGUAUUUUCUUGAUGCCAAAAUCUUCACCUGGUGCCAGAACAAAUACAGAACCUCCCGGCGGAGGAUAUUCCGUCACUAGAGGUGCCACCUUCCAUCAAGAUGGCUCUGUCUCUCACUUCUUUCUGCCACACCUUGCUGGGUAGGCAGUGCCCUCUAAAGAUGACAUUUUGGCUUCAGUGGAAUUUCAAGUAAUGUACUUAGACUCUCAGCCAAGAAAGUGCUUUUGCAAUUUGCUUUUAUUCAGAGUUAGGUGUGCUUAAGCCUCAUUACAUUGACGGUGUUAGGUGCACCUAUCUCUCCACAUGCGCCCAGACUUCUAGAAAUAGGUUUUGCUGAAAUGAGUGGGAUGGACUUACAGUACCCAUGAAUAUGUUUGGGACUGGAGAAGGUUCACCUGGGGUACACCUGUUGUUAAUUUUUAAAAACAAACAAAACCGCAGUGUUAGAGACACUCCUUUAAGUGGCCACCCUGCAUAAAAUCUCUUGCUAGUCUGCAAUCUUCCUUGUGUAAUUGCUGUGUUGGUUUUAGUUACAGUAAGAUAGUUAUCGUAGCACUAAGAAUAAUUAGAACGGAACUGAAAACAAGGCUAUGAAAACAACUGUCUUGCAAACGCUGAUGCCUUGAGAAGCCUGUUUCUCCUUGUGCAAGAGUGGAGGGUAUUGACUUUCUCUCCAUUUGGGCACUAGAUCUGCUUCAAACCUAUAUACUGCACUUAAUACCACUUUAACUUCAUGGUUUUCCCCCAUGAGUAGGGAACCCUACUCUUCGAUGCUGGUAAUUUUUUAGAGAUUCCUUGCCCAUCUGACAGAACAAUGAUGCUGUUGCUUCCUAGGAAGAGGUUGUUGCUAAAACUGACUUACAUCUGUGAUUGUGGAUUGGGGUGUUCAGGACUGGUGAGUGUAGGAUUAUUGGGAUCAAGAAAGGGUGAAACUUUGGGCUUGGACUGAGCUGAGUGCAACUUCAGGUGCUCUGAUGUGCCAGACACUUGUAAACCACAUGGGAAUUAAGGAUCUUUGCUAAUCCUAAGGCAGACUAGUACAUGAGCAGAAUCGGGACAGGUAGCAUACGGUUCAUAAUAAUACAACAGACACUGCACAAAACCCCUGUCUUAAUCGGUGACCUCCCUUUUCUGGCUUAGCACUAUAGUACUGAAAAGAGGUGCCAGUUCUCUGAAGCCUGAAACAAAAGGGGAAGAACCUCUUAGGGAGAGGCAGAGGCUGGCAAGAGAGAGAGAUAGAGCCUGUUGCACUUUAUUUAGAAUAAAUAAACGAAAAGCAGAAAAACGAGAUUACCCUCGUUCUGGCCCUUUAACAUGAGAAGUAACCGAACAAUUUAACCCCUGUGUUGCAAACAAUAGUCAGUAAUAGCCAAGGCAACACGAUGACCAAAUACAAUGAUACGAUAUAUAAUAUGAAAUAUAUGAAAACACAUAAACAGAAAACUUAUGAAUCUCUGAAAGUCACAAAAUAUGCACCCUUAAUGGAUUCUCUUGAAAACAUAAAACCAGAUAACCAUAAGUCUUAUAAGUCUCUGAGAGUCUUUGAAGACUAUGCAAGUCUCUGAAAGAAGCAAUGUAUCAGAUUCUUAUCUGGUGAAAACAGGCUGUAAAGCUUUGUUUAUGGUGUCCAACACUGCCGAAGUAGUUCACAAACAGACGUUGUGAACAGUGAUUCCGGAUAUACCCACUGUUUCGUGGAAUUCUUCUUCAGCACAGCAGAAGGAUACACAAAUCCUUCAUAAACCCAUCUAUAUGGUGAAGUAUAACAACAAUUGCUAUGGAGCAGUGGUCAUAAACUUAUGCCCAGUGGCUACAUAACUGAAGAUGCCAUAAACAAAGCUUUACAGCCUGUUUUCACAAGAUAAGAAUCCGAUACAUUGCUUCUUUCAGAGACUUGCAUAGUCUUUAACAUGAGAAGGCAGAUUAAGAAAAACCUGGAAGAUCCAGUUCGCAUUUAAAGGUGAGUCUAUAUUAUUUUCACUUUCCAAAAUGAUACAUGAAAUGAAACACAGAGCCAUCUUUCAAAAUUUGCAAUUCUCUAAAUUUUGUAGUGCAGCUCUCCAGUCAAUGACAUGUACAAUAGUGCAUAUACAGAGGUGAAGUCUGCAUUAAAAUACAUACAAGGGUGAAAACACCACACCAAAAUGCAAUAUAUAUGGGGAAAUAGCUUUCCAAAAAUGAGUCUACAGUCAUACCUCGGGUUGAAUACUCUUUGAGUUGAGCGCAUUCGAGUUGCGCUCCGCGGCAACCCAGAAGUAACGGAGCGCGUUACUUCCGGGUUUCGCCGCUUGCGCAGACGCUCAAAAUGACAUCACGCGCAUGUGCAGAAGUGGCAAAAAGCGACGCGUGCGUGCGCAGACGUGCUGUCACUAGUUACGUUUGCUUCUAGAUGCGAACGGGGCUCCAGAACGGAUCCCGUUCGUAUCUAGAGGUACCACUCUAUUUGGAGAAAUUCUCACUUAAUGCUAAUUAGUUUUCAUGAAGGUUGUUGGUUUUUUUUAAUGCAAACAGAUGUGAAAAUAUGAAGAACUGAAAUUAAGAAUAAAAAUAAGAAACCGAGAGAAACCGAAAUUGACACAUCCCUGCUAGUGAGAGAGGAAACAGACCAAGCACAUUCUGGCUGGGGUUACGUUGGACAUACGAGAACUACUUAAAGGGGUAGCCCUUUGGGGAAAGGCAGGAUGCUCUGUGUUGACUAUUUGCCCAGCACAAAAGAGCAAUGUAGGCAUCGCCAUAAAGGAGGCUAAUUACGAAGGUCAGGCCGGUUCAGGGAUAGAGUCAAUCUUUUAUGCCCCAGAGGAAGUAGAGUGAAGCAAUGUACAGUUAUUAAUUAACAAUGUUGUUACAUAUUCCUCUUUCUUUCUUUCUUCACUCAAAAUAUCUGGAUCAGCAGAGAUUGGGAACAGUUUUUUUGGUGGGAGAGAUGCUGUCAGUUUGUGGUAGAAAUGUGAGGAGGGUUAUUCUCUUCUGCAAUGUGUGAACUGGGCCUUGUGCAACCUAGGUGGGUGGUGUCUUAUCUCGAAUACCUGGUAAAGUUAUUUUGUCUUCUUUCAAUGAGACUGAGAAGAGAUAUGAUAGCCGUCUUAAACUAUCUAAAGCGCUAUCACUUGGAGGAGGGAGCCAACUUGCUUUUUCCUGCUCCAGAGGGUAGGACCUGAACCAAUGGCUUCAGGGAUAACAUUAGGAAUAACUUGCUGAUGGUAAGAGCUAUUUGACAGUGGAACGGACUCCCUGGGGAGGUUGUAGGCUCUCCUUCCUUAGAGGUUCUUAAGCAGAGAUUGGGUGGCCAUCUGUCAUGUAUGAUCCAGUUGAAAUUCCUGCAUUGUAGGGAGUGUGACUAAAUGACCCUUGGGGUCCCUUGCAACUCUACAAUUCUGUGAUCCUGUGUGUGUUGUUUCCAUCAUCCUAAACUGAAGCGCUAGGAGAGAGUCUGAAGAGAGAUGUUUGCUACAAUCCAAUGUUCAAAUGAUAUGUGAAUCUGGUGGGCAAAUGUGUCAAUUGUAGUUUCUCACUUUUCCAGUCUUGCGUUCAGUUUUUGCACAUUUCGACAUCAGUUUGCAAAUUAUUUUUAAAGACCUAAUGGAACUUCACCAGCAAAUUUCUCCUAAUAUGUUUGUAUGUACCGUAAUUUUGCAGAACAUACACAUUUUUGCAAAGCAAUUUCCCCCAAUAUAAUGCAAUUUUAUGUUACGUUUGCUAAUAUAUUCAUUUUUGUGCACACUUUACUGCAUCAUGUGCGUUGUUGUACACAUUACUGCUUAGCAAAAUUUGGGGAAGUGCAAAUUUGGAAGGAUGGUUGUUUCGGGUCCUGAAUUGCUUCAGAAAGUGCAGAUUAAGCAGCUUCACCUUUAAAGGUGAAUUGAAGCAAAUCUCUCUGCCAUUCCUACUUUGAGCAUGAUUUUUUUUUUUUAGUAUUACAGGCUUAUGGCUAGCCAUGUCUCUUUGCAGCUGCAGCAGCUCCUUGAUUGUAACGGGGGGGGGGGGGGCAACAGGAUCUUUUUUAAACCCUUUGCCAUAUGGCCAUUCCUCACUGCUUACUGGCCCUGUUGUCAUUUUUUAAAAGUCUUUUUGAUUCAUGAGUGCAUGAUCCAAAUGAAUCCUGCUUUCCCACCAGUUCCUGUCAUUGUUUUGUGGCCACACCUGCAUUUGGAACGGCCAGGAGAGCUAUAGGAUGGCUUUUGCAUUAUUAAACAAGCUUGUGCAUCAUUUAUAGACUAUUUGUGCAGUGGAACAGCAUCUCCUGGUUUCCUGUAAAUACUGGAGCUAGUGCUAUUUGGUUCUGGUGAUUUAUAUCUCAGCAGCUGAAAUCAGAGUGGCUUUACAGCCUCUUUGCAUUUUCUCCCUUCUCCCCAUUCCUUUGCCCGGUAGAUGCUCUUCAAAGAAUUCCCUUGCUGGCUGGGGCUGAUGGGUGUUGUGGUCCACAACAUCUGGAAGCCACCAGACCGGUGGAGACUGGGCUGGUGGCUUGCAGACAAGCUAGGUGUACUGGCUGUGCAGUGGUUCAGACUGGCUGGUUUAGGACUUUGUUUUGGCACUGUGGGAACACACAUUUCCUGUCAACAGCUGAAGGGCAUUUGCACAUCUAAAAUUAAGUAGUGAACCCACUCUCGGGAGAUGCAGUUGGCUUGAGGCUUGGUGCGUACAUUUCACCACAAGUUUUCUGAAGCACAGAUGUUUUUAAGCCACUAAAAGACUAGUUUGCUGGCCAUAGAAAUGUGGUGUUUUUUCACUUCCUGUAAUGUAUGAAAUGGCCUCUGGGUACACUGCAGCAAAAUAUCAGCAUGCCGUGAGACAAAAGGCUGCUUCCAUUCUAGAUUCCUCUUCCUGUGUGCUGCUGAGGCAUUGCUUUUCCUCAAUUAGCUGGAAGCUGGAAUUAAAAUGGGAGGUUCCACACAAGCACUUGAUAAAGCACCCAGUUGUCCAGCAGGGCCCUUCCUUAUGGCCAAACUCCUUCUGUAUUAAUUCCCAGGUACGGUAAGUCCCAUUCAGCAAAGGUUUCCAGUAAUGCUUAUUAAAGCUUCUCCCUUUGUAGAGCUGGCCUGAUUUCCUUCUCAAUGACUGUAGGAGGAGGAUUAGUGAUAACCUAUCCCCACAGUGUCAGUUUCUGUUCCUGCGUGAGGGGAGGACUUAAUUGCUAGUUUCUUUCCCCCAUCUUCUUUUUUGCUAUUAAAAAUUGAGAGGACAGUAGUAAUUGAAGUCCCCCAUGCAUCUUGUGAGAACAGAAACUGAAAUGGGUCAAUUGAGAGGCUACCCAAGGGUCAAUUACUGUACUAUUAUCUAUCAUAAAUUCCCCAUUUGCAUUCAUAAGGAAGCAAUAAAAUGGGCUUAAAACAGGUGCUUAAAAAGAGCAUUUGGAAAACUUUUUCACCUUUAAUUAUUUAAGUGAUGCUGUGGAAAAAUAGAAACAUAGUAUCUAAUAUAAUUUAUGUUGAUUUCGUAAGCUCUGUAAAUGUUGCUGCUCCAUUGUUGUAACUCCAGCCUUUUUCAGAUCUGUCAAAAGGGCUAACAAGACUGGAUUGUAACACUUAUGCAACUACGCUGUGUGACCGUUAUGUUUGAAAUUCCUUUGCUCAAGUAUGUCCACCUUGGUAUCAGUGGCAGAGUGUUCUGGUAGGCUGAAAUGUUCUGAAGGUUUGACAUGUUCUCUUUUCUCAGUCUGUCUUGUUCAGUAUUCUCUAAACUGCCUGACAGCGGCUCUCCGGGAUUUCAGAAAAAGUGUUUUUCCCCAGCCCAGCUUGGAGAUGCUGGGGUUUGAACCUUUGGCUUCCUGCAUGUUCUCUUCUACUGAGCUGUGGCUGCUGCCCUUGUAAGGCAGGUUCUGGUAUAAGGCGCUGCAGGCUUCCUAGGUUGUAGGGUGUCCAUUGUCUCCAGAAAGUAGUUUGUGCUUAAUGCUGGACAGACUCACGGGCAGCACACUGUGAACAAAAUCUGACCACAGCAUUUCCUGCCACUAAAACUGCACUUCCACAUCCCUGCCUGAAGGGUGGUGGCGCAUGACAGCUUGAAGCCCACCCUGUAAUGAGGCUGAUCUUGAGUAUGAAAAUUAGCCACAUUAACAAUAGAUCCCUCUUCAAAGGAAACUCCAGGAAUUGUGGAUCUGUGAGGAGAAUAGGGGCCUCCUAACAACUCUUAGCUACCUUACCGAACUACAGCUCCCAGAAUUCUUUGGGGGAAGCCACAACUGUUUAAGUUGGUAAGAGAGUGUUUUCAAUGUAUGGUGUGAACGCGAUCCUAGUCCUCCUGGCUUUCUCGCCACCUACUAUUAGAAGGUUAUAUCUGAGGUCAAAAACAUACAUCUCUAGAGGAGGCAAUUCUGGGAAAUGUCCAAAUUUAGUGUGCUGAGAAUGUAGAUUCAGGGGAAUCUUUGCCAAAUCUGCACUCGGCUUGAAUCAUAUGGAAGAUACUUCUAUCAUAGUUCAAAGACCCUCAGUCUAUAUCCCCCCUUUUCCUCUGAAAUUACUGAGAGGUUUCUUAAAACUCAGUGCCUAAGCCUUGCUUAUGAGUUUAAUAUGCUACAAAAUGUUUGCUUUAGGUUUAGCAAUUGUAAAACCUGGUUUGGGGGUAUGUUGUGCCGGUCACUACUGUCCAGAAACUGUUAACUAGCUAGCUUCUACAGAAAUUUAAUCCUAUUGGUUAGGUCCUCUAGCUGCAAGGCCAUUAUUUGCAAGAAGAUGGAUAUCGCCCAAGCAGAAAUCUACUAGGUGGGCAGUACAUCCUCUUUUAAGUCAACUCAUCAGACUUUGUUGGUUACAUAUGUGGCAGCACAGGGAGGGAUGGAAUUUUUUGCAAAUCUCAAAUGACGAGUUUAUCUGCAUGGAUUUUUUCUAAUUCCUGUCUUGCUUCCUAAUCUUGAUAAGGACCCUUUUGCUAAAAAAAUACGAACAGUUCUCAUAUAUGAACUAUUAUACAUAUAAUGAUGUACACAUAUCCACUCCUGGCUUCCUAAAAUAACCAGCACAUCACACAACAAUAUGUAUAACUGUGUGAGUGGGUGGAAUUGUGCUGGAGAAAUAUAGUACAGCAUGAAACUUUAGAUCCCACCCCCACCAUUUAAUUUUGCACAUAAUUAGUUGGACUUUUAAACAACCACAACAAUGCGCAAGCAGCUUGGACAUAAAUUGCCAUAUUACACAAGAAGCAGUGAUGUGAGCAAAACACAGUCUGAUCAGAACCUCCAAAUUCCAUGUAUAAAUAAAUCAGUUUAAAAACAGAUUCCAUCUCCAUCCCUAGUGUGGGGUAUUUCAUUAUUUCUCCCAUUGGCUAACGGCAUGAUUCUUAAAAAUGUGCGUGGGGUGUGUGUGUUAAUCUUAUAGAAUUGCUGGGGAUGAGGUGAUUUGCUGGGUCUUGCCAGAGCUCAGGAGGAGGAAAUGGAGAACAAAAGAAGGCUGGAAAAAUAAAUAAGGCCACUUCUUGGAUCAAGUGAAUCUCCCUCCGGCAAAAGUAAUGCAUACUGGAAGGGGCUUUGCUCCCCUGCUACCUUUGGAUUGUGAUUAGAGGAAAGGGUGGGGGUGGAGGAAGAGAGAGAGAGACCCCCUUAGAUUAAAGUGUGGAGUCAGGUUUCCCCCUGUCUGUCUGUCUGUCUGUCUGUCUGUGUGUAGUGAGUGGGAGGGGGGUUCAGAGAGAGAGCGACAGGGAAUGCUUUUUGCAUAGGAUUGGCUUAUCCCCAAACAUUCAUUGAAGCAGAGAAGGAGCCAAGUUGGGACCCGUGCAGACAGAAAGGGAGGGGGGAUGAGAGGGAAGGGGAGGUGGAGUGACUGCUCUAUUCCAAAACAGUAAUAGAGCUGCUACUGUGGGAAAGUGAUCCUGCUGCCAAACCUCAAGUGACCAGGGUAUGUGUGUGUUUGUUGCCGCCGCCGCCCCCAGCAGUGAUCCUGUCAUUUGGGCUUUGCAGUGCCUUCCUCUUUCUGAGCCCCUCUUUCCAGAAACCUGCCCCACAGAAAAGCCAUCCAUUAAGAAAACUGCUUUGCUUUCUAAAGGCCAUUUUUAACCCCCCCCCCCCGCAAAGGUGCCUUGUAACCGUAGCAAAAUUACAGGAGCUACUUGAUCUAGGAAAUCAUUGAAACUGAUGAAACUGCAUCAUUAUGCCCUUUAAAGUGUCUUUGCGCCUCAUUCCACUGCCCCCCUCCCCAAGUCAGAUUCUUUUUGUGACUUUUGGGUGGUUACGUCCCUAUUAUCCCAAAGAAAGUUGCUACAGCAGCAAUACUGAAGUGGCCUGAUCUGGCUGGACACAGCAGAACCCAUUAAAGCCAAGUUGGUUUGCUUAUUUGAAAAACAAGCACUAAAGUAUCUUUAUGGGCAUUCAUUGGGAAGUAGGGCUUAAACAAGGACAGAUAACUUCCUGCUUUGUCUUUAAGAACAGCUUUUUUAAAAUGUUGUAUCUGGCCCGGAGGAUUAGUCUUCAAAACACAACUAAACAUUCCGUACCAAAACGAAGAUAUAUGGCCUCAUUAAGUCCAUAGACCAGUCCAUCAAAUGCAAAGUGAAAAAUAAAAGGGCAUAAACAUGGAGUUCUUCAGAGAAGAAACGGCAGUAAAAGAAGGAUGUGUUUUCAGCCUGAACUGACCUGCCAGGGUGACAUAAUCCAAUCAAAGACUGACUCUCUGUUAAUAUGACAAAGGAGAAUUUUACAAGAGAGAACCGGUUUGUAUUUAGAUGUCUGUGCACAGAAGGAAGUGACUGGAUGGGACCAACUCCACUUUGAUCAAGCAAAAAUGUAUCUUUUUCAAGGAAGAAAUAAAGAAGGUGGAGAGUUGUAGCAGAAAAAUAGUGGGUAAUAGGGAGUUAAGCAUCCCUGCCCUCUGUUUCUCCACUUCACAUCGUCCAAAGAGGCUUUUCUCUAGAGCAGCAAGAGAGAACCUGUAGCCCCUGUUGGACUGCAACUCCCAUCAACCCCAACCUGCUUGGCUAAUGGUCAGGGAUCAUGGAAGUUGUAGUCCAACGCAUCCAGAGAACCAUAGAAGAAGAAGCCAUCACGAUUUUUAAUACACAUUUGCAUGUAAUGUGUUGUUCUUUGUCCAUUGUUACCUUUGUUAGUCAAACAGUUUUGGAGUUACUUCAGGGCAGUCAGCUAAAACUGAAGAAAGGCAGGCCUGUUGGUGACUUCAUUCUGGAAGGAAGUAUAUUUAUAUACAGUGGUACCUUGAUUUAAGAACAGUUUAGUUUAUGAACAACUUGGAUUAAGAAUGCUGCAAACCUGGAAGUAGGUGUUUUGGUUUGUGAACUUUGCCUUGGAAGCAGAACAUGUUUCGCUUCCUGUUGAGUGUGUUCCAUUUGUAAAUUGAGUCCCCUGCUGCUAUGGGAAAGCAUGCCUUGGUUUAAGAACGCUUUGGUUUAAGAACGGACUUCCGGAACAGAUUAAGUUCAUAAACCAAGGUACCACUGUAUUCUUUUUGGCUUGGGGUAGAGGUGAAGUUCAGAACCCAGUCUCUUAGUGUGCAGAAACAUAAUAGAACUACAUAUGGCUGUGUUGCUAGUGUAGAAUGAAUUUGACAUUUAACCUGUAUGUUCUUAAGAAUCAUUUCAUUGCACUGGAAACAUGCAGUUGCCAUUUGUACAAUACACAUGUGAUAUUUUGAAAAUUAGCACAACAUUUGUGGGGUAAAUUCAUUUUACCAGCAACCCCACCCCAAGGUGGUUAUUUCAGCAGGGUAGGGUAGGAAGAGAUAAGUAGAGCAUCACUUACCCUGUCACUAUGAUCUGUCCUCAUUUCCCUUUGAAGGACAGGGCAUACUGGGUCUGCAGACACCCACUGGCAUCACUGAAGAGGAAAAACCCAUUCCUAAAGCCAUUUUGAGACACCCUUUUUGAAGUUUAAAAGGUAAAGACCUACAGCACAAUUGCUCAAAAGUCUUACUAUGUUCAGUGGGGCUUAUUCACGAGUGCAUAAUUGCACUCCUAAUGUUUUCAUUCUUAUAAUUUUAAGUUUUAUUUUUCUAAGGCAACAUCCGUUAUGCCAAAAGGAGUCCUCAAGCAAUCUUUGGAAACUAAUGAAAAAUAUUAUAGGUAUUUUUAUGAUUGUCACUACCGGUGGGCAGCAGGAUGAGGAGCAAAGCCUCUCUAUAUUUUCUGCCUCAGGUGCAGAAAUGUCUUAGAACAUAAGUAGGUUCUGUGGUUCCCAGGUUGCUGUUUCAUUUUUCAAGUGUCUUGUACUGGUGUGCACAGACAUCUGAGUGCAAGACACAUCCCAAUUACUUUCUUGUGCUUCCAGAUCACAUAUUGGAGAAUGUCUUGUAAGGGCAGUUUCUUGGUAAGGAAUAACAUCAAGUUGUUUGCAUCCUCUGUUUGUUCAGCUCCCAAGGUGAACAUCAAUGUCAGUAAUUGUUGACCUGUUUACUAAAGUUCCACUAUGUUUCGGAUGUGAGUACAGGAUGGUAUAAAUCACUUGAUAAUUCUGAACAAUAAGAAGGCCUAAUUCUAGGGAAGGAGAAGAUAACCUCUAGUGUAUUACUGCACUUGGCCCCAGUUUCUUACUGCUUAGGAAGAUGACAAUAAGCACAGAUUUAUAAUAGCUUAGAUCUAAAAUAGCUUAGAUCCAGUCAUUUCCCCAUGUACCAAAUAAAUUACAGCUGUCUCUUGAAUGAACCUGUAAAAUGGUUUAAUUUUCAGAAGGAGAUUUAGGUAUCUUAAUUCAGGUAAUAAUUUGAAAAGAGUUUGUUUCUUGAAAAAUUAUUAGGGAAUAGCAGCUAGCAGAAUACCAGCCAUUAUGUUGGUUGGAGUAGUCAGUAUGGUUCCCUCCAGAUGUUUUUGGGCUACAGAACCCAUCAUCCCUAUUGGUCUUUCUGGCUGUGGUUGAUGUGUGUUGUACUUCCAAGUUAUCUGGAGGGCACCAUGUUGGCUACUCAUACUAGAAAGGGUAUGAUGGAAAGUGAAUCUAUGUAUUGGAAGGGCCCUACUCAGUGGGACUCAGUGUCACAAGUAGAAGGCAGGCUUUGCCCUACCUUGACCAUGUCUCAAGUGCCAGAACCAUUGACUUAAGUGGGAAAGAAAAUCAAGGAUGCAUUCAGGGAUGCUAGUUGGAGAAGUCAAUCUGCUCCCUGUGAUUGGUGACCCCAGUAUCUUGAAGUUGGAGAAGAUGUUUACUCAUUUCCCAGUCUCCUUACAUUUUUAUUUUUUUACUUAAUAAAUUUCUAUACCACCCUUCAUCCAAGGAUCACUGCAUUUUAUUUACAAUAGAAACACACAAAACAUAGUAAUGAACCAAAACAAUUACAUGCCCCUCCCAUAAGGUUUGUUUAUGUUGUGUCCCAUAGAAGUCAUUGGGAAACAACCCAGACUCUUCUCUGCCAUAGCUUAAUUCUGGCUUCUGUUUCUUGGUUACCAGGUAACAAGACUGUGUUAUACUAUUAGCAAUCAAAAUUCUGCUACAGGAAAAGGUGCUCAUUAAAUUGCUGACCUUAAAAAAAAAAGCAUGGAUUUCUAAUCUCUUAACUGGCUCAGUUGAUUGUUACAUGCUGAAAUCACUAAAUCAGGAAUGAGGAACCUGUGGCCCUCCUUGUGGGACUCUAAACCAAAUCAGCCCUAACCAGUAUGGCCAGUGAUGAUCAGGGAUGAUGGAGUCCAACAUCUGGAAGGCCACAGAUUCCCCAUCUCUAACCCGGCUGUGUCUGCGUGGGUGCUCAGUACAACACCACUCUAUAGGUCAGAGAGGCAGGGAAGGGAGGUCACUAUCACCCAUUUUUUAAAAAAUCCAUCUCCCUCACUAUGAGACUGAUACACGCUGUGUCUGGGUUCAAGUGAUUGUUUGUGGUGUUUGUGGCCAGUGAGACAGAAAGGGGAUGUUGUUAGUGCACUGUCCACCUUAUUGUACUACAAACUCCUUCACCAAGCUGGCAGAAUGUAAUAUUGAAUGCGGUGAUGGAGAACGCUUUCAAGAUUGUAUUGAGGGACUUCCAAUAUUUGUUCUGAGGCUGGGCGAAGACUUCAUGACAACCAUGAAACUGUCUCAGUACAUCGUUGACCUGACAUAUAAACAACUAUUUUACUUUUAAAAGACAACUGAAGGCAGCCCUCUUUAGGGAAGUUUUUAAUGUCUGAUGCUGUACUGUUUUUAAUAUUCAGUUGGAAGCCGCCCAGAGUGGCUGGGGAAACCCAGCCAGAUGGGCGGGGUAUAAAUAAUAAAUUAUUAUUAUUAUUAUUAGUAGUAGUAGUAGUAGUAGUAGUAUCUGAACAUACCACCUAGUGUUUGCCACAGUGCAAACUAGUAAUAUUUUGCUGAUUGCGGGGCUUGUUGUGCCUUCCCCACAGGCUCAUUUGUUUGAAGACAGGCAGAGGGGACCCUUCUGGUAGUUCCACUGCCUUCAGAAGUUUGGAGGUGAUGGUGGCUCAGGGGAGGGCAACCCUUGUGGCACCCCUUAAACUGUGGAAUCCCCCCCUCCUCACAGAAGUGUGUCUGGCACCAUCAUUAUGGGGUUUUCAUUGAAUGCUGAAGAUGUGCCUCUUUACCCCUAGCCUUUGACACCUCAUGUAUAUUUUAGGACCUACCCUUUUAUUCUGUUAUUUGUUUUAACUGAUUUUUAUUUUAACAAUUGCAUUUUUAAAAUUGUAGCCCACCCCAAAACCUCCAUGGUGAAAGGAAAUAAUUACCAUAUUUUUCGCCCCAUAGGGCGCACUGCCCCAUAGGACGCACCUAGUUUUUUUUGGGGGGGGGAAUAAAGAAAAAAAAAUAUUUCCCCCCCCCAGGCGCGGGGGAAGCCCGAGCUUCCCCCAAUCCCAGCCCCGAGAACAGCCUGCUAUCUGCAAGCCUAGGGACGCUAGCGGUAAGUCGCGCCGGUCUCCCCAGGCUUCGGAAUGCAGGCAGCUCUGCGCAGCCAUCAGGAGGCGGGCGAGACUUCGCGCCCCGCUCCGGAUGGCUGCGCAGAGCUGCGCUCGCCCCGGGACUGCAGGCAGCUAUGCGCAGCCAUCGGGAAGCGGGCGCGACUUCGUGCCUCGCUCCGGAUGGCUGCGCAGAGCGGCGCUCGCCCCGGGACUGCAGGCAGCUCUGCGCAACCCUCGGGAGGCGAGCGCGAAGUGGCGCCGGUCUCCCGAGGGUUGCGCAGAGCUUCCUGAAGCCUGGAGAGCGAGAGGGGUCGGUGCGCACCAACCCCUCUCGCUCUCCAGGCUUCAGCGAAAGCCUGCAUUCGCCCCAUAGGACGCACACACAUUUCCCCUUCAUUUUUGGAGGGGAAAAAGUGCGUCCUAUAGGGCGAAAAAUACGGUAAUAAUUGGCAGCCAAUAUAAUAUGCUCAAACUAUCUUGCCCCCAUGAGCAACCUGGCCGCCAAAUUUUGUACCAGCUAAAAUUUCUGAACCACCUUCCGAGGCAGCCCUUGCAUAUAAUGUGUUGCAGUAAUCUAACCUAGCUGUUAGCAGAACAUAAACAACAUUAAUUAGGCUAUCCUUGUCCAGAUAGGGGUGCAGUGCCUCAGUCUUACCUGGAUUGAGCUUCAGUUUGGCUUUCAUCCUAGUCCAUUACCAAGGAAAGACAUAGGUCCAGCACAUCCAUACCUGCAGGUGUAAAGGAGAAAUAGAGCUGUGUGUUGUCAUCGUAUUGCUGACAAUGUACUCCAAAACUCCAGAUAACCCCACUCAGCAGUUUCAUCUAGAUGUUAUAGGAGACCUCUGGUUUCCAUAGUGAUUUUGGGGGGUGGGAAGAUCCUUUAAGUUCUCUGAUUUUCAUAGGUUCUGUCAGGACUGGUUCGGGUUCAGGCAGCAGCUCCUGGAGGCAGUGGUGGCAGCCUCUUUUCCAAUCUCCCUAAGCCUCCCUUACGCAGCUCUGUCCUCCAACUGAGGGGAAAUGGUUGACUACUACAUGGCAUGUCCUGGUUCUGCUAUACUAGCCCGUUGCUUUAGAUGCACUACCCCAUCACCAGUGUUGAAUUAAGAGUCAGCUGGCAGCUUCUGUGUGUGGAAGAGAAAAGGGCACCAUCUCCUUUGUCUCAGACAACAAAGUGACUUAGACUAGCCCUGCGGUCUGUUGUCUCCUUUCCACCUGUGCAUUGCUUUUCUCUUAAUUGUGGGUGAAGGAGAAAUGUGUUGAUUGCUUCAUUGGAUGAACUUUGGCCUCACGCGCCUGCAAUUCAGAGGCAUUUCUUGCAUUGCAAUGUUAAUCUCAGGAAAUGGAAAAAGGAAAAAUGGGAGAGAAGGCUACAGAAUGUCAGCCCACCCAGAGGCCAAAUGUUUCUUCCUCUCUGAGAUGAGGAAUCUCUGGUAUGUGAGGAUGCAGAGGUGACUCUGUGUGUGGUUAGGAGCAGGGCAGGCUGAUCUUAAUUUGAUAGCUUUGGGGUGCUAUGACAAAUAGUUUCUAUAAUUCAAGUUUCCCCAAUGAAAGAAUUUUUUAUUGCAGUGAUGUCUCUCACAGGGGAGAGAGACAACUGGAACCCUAGGAUAUGAAUCCAUCUGCCAGUGGGUAGGUCAAAUCCAGAUUAGAAACCAAGGUUUCUAGUGUGUGCUACAUGCUAUAUAUACUCCCAGAAGUGAAUUCAGAUUUAACAACAAAGUUGCCCACCAGGCAAGUUCUCUUUAAGAACUUGUGUGAUGGUUAAGAGUACUGUUGCCAUAUUUCAAAAAGUGAAAAUCUGGACACAAAGGUCUGGCAAAGUUGUUAAGCCAAUUUCCGGAAAUUACGCCAAGGACAUUUUUGACGGAUGAAUCCCGGCUAUGUCCGGGAAAUUCCAGACGUAUGGCAGCCCUAGUUAAGAGUGUGAGGUAUAUGCCCCAGAGCUUUUUCCCAGCCAUAACUCAGUUCCAGCACCUCUCAGGUGGGCACCAUUGCCAUUAUAAGAGAACAAGGGAGGCGUUCAUGAUGAGUCCUGGCACCUCUUUUUCUAGAAAAAUGGCACCAACUAUGCAGAAGCAUUUUUCGGGGGCUUAUCAGUGGAGGCUCCUAUAUUUAAAUAAACCCCAAGCUGAACUGCCAAUUUAUGGAUUUUAGUGCUGUGCUUCUGUCUAAUUAUCCACAGGCCCAUGAUUAUUCAAGUUUUCAAAAACCUGUUAAUUUAAGGUAAGCAGGCCCUUCUUUGAACAAUUGUGUAUCCUCAUCAAAUAAUCCUAUUUGGGCCAGGGUCUCUACUCAUGUGUUGUAAAACGUUGUGUGUGUGUGUGUGUGUGUGUGUGUGAGAGAGAGAGAGAGAGAGAGAGAGACUGCCUCAUAUUUUUAGACCAGUGUUUCAACAGUCAUGACCCAUAAUAGUGUUCAAUGUUUUGGAACGCAGAAAUAAAAUCCUCAAACCAUCCAUUCUAGCAUGCGGGGGGGCUACCUAAAUUAUAUAAUUCAGUAUUUGAACGACUGGUAUUAGUAAUUGGAUUAUAAAUUGGUAUUGUUAUAAUGAGGCUAUUAUUGGAUAGUGAUUGAAAACUAAUAAAAAUUAUUAUCAGUAGUGUUCAAUGCUGCGGCUGUGAAAAGGGACUUCUGGGCUUUCUUCAGAAGUCCUCAUUGUGGUAUAUGUGUGUAUAACAGAGGGCGAGAUACUAUUGCUACCAAGUUGUGAAAGCUUCUGCUUUCCUGUGCUUCCCAAUGUCUUCAAACUUUUUAACAAAAAAAUAUUGCAAGCAGGAUGCUAUGAAAAGAGUCUUUCACAAUGUGACAUCCACGGGCCUAGGCCCAGUUGUAGUUAUAAGGAAACAGUGGGGAAAGUUUGAGGCCUAAUCACCACCAAGCUAAGCGGGGCUCAUCUCCGGCACCUGAACUACUUGGUGUCAUGUGAGCAGCACUCCUGCCUUCCCGUGGAGCUCCAUCAAGGCUUCUCUGCUUGGACCAGCUAGCCGUAAGUGAAAAAUGGGCCUUCAUCCCCUUCAUAGCUAAGCAGCAGACUGAGAAUGUGGCAGACUCUCCUGUCCAAAAGAUGAUUUCUGGGAGACUUUAAUACAGGGGUAGGCAACUUAAGGCCCAUGGGCCGGAUGCAGCCUUCCCAAUCCGGCCCACAGACGGUCCGGGAAUCAGCGUGUUUUUACAUGAGUAGAACGUGUCCUUUUAUUUGAAAUGCAUCUCUGGGUUAUUUAUGGGGCCUGCCUGGUGCUUUUACAUGAGUAGAAUGUGUGCUUUUAUUUAAAAUGCACCUCUGGGUUAUUUGUGGGGCAUAGGAAUUCGUUCUUUAUUUUUUCCAAAAUAUAGUCCGGCCCACCACAUGGACUGAGGGACGGUGGACCGGCCCACGGCUGAAAAAGGUUGCUGACCCCUGCUUUAAUACGUUGCCUUGGUGAACAAAGGGGUUUGUGUGCACUGUUGGAAGCAAUGUUUCUUGGCCUCUGAGGUGGCUCGGGUGAGGUUAUAUUUUGUGUGUGCGGGAAUAUCACUAAUUGGUGGCAUGGAAUGAGAAAGGUUAUUAGGAGGGACACUUGGGUGGACAGAAACAGUGCGGUGCUAUUGCUACCUCGUUAGCAGGAGACUGGACAAGAGGAGCUAUGAGCAGAGAUAAAUUUUGUUUGGGCAAGUGGAUCUAAUAGUUAGAUGCAGGGCCAGAAUUGGAAGCCUGUGGCCUCGAGCGACGCUUAUAUCCCAGCAGGAGUCAACUGGCAGUCCCCUGAUUCUGCUGCUACUCCUUGCUCAUGUUGCUGGUUCACCUGUCCUCUGAUGAGUCCCGACAGGAGAAGCAGCUUGGGUCACCUUGCCUUCUCUUUUUGGGCAGUGGCACAGACUGAGCUGAGACACGGAGCAAGAGAAUGGGCAGCAGCAACACUGAUAGGGCUACUUGGGCUGGCAAGCCUGCUAAGGCCAUCUAGCCAAAGGGUGCCCCAAAGCUUGGGGCAUGGAUAGGCAAACUAAGGCCCGGGGGCCAGAUCCAGCCCAAUCACCUUCUAAAUUCAGCCCACGGACAGUCCGAGAAUCACUUUGUUUUUACAUGAGUAGAAUGUGUCCUUUCAUUUAAAAUGCAUCUCUGGGUUAUUUGUGGGGCCUGCCUGGUGUUUUUACAUGAGUAGAAUGUGUGCUUUUAUUGAAAAUGCAUCUCUGGGUUAUUUGUGGGGCAUAGGAAUUCGUUCAUUCCCUCCCUCAAAAAUAUAGUCUGGCCCCCCACAAGGUCUGAGGGACAGUGGACCGGCCCCCUGCUGAAAAAGAUUGCUGACCCCUGGCUUGCGGUUUUAGGUGAAUAGGCAGUCUUGUUCUUAUUGGCAAUGCUACUUACACAAACAACUGCUGGCAUUAGCUGUCUUGGCUUCAGGAAAGAAACUUUGUCCUUGGUUUUCAAUAAUAACCGGCUAUAUAGCUCAGAUCACAUUUUCACACACAUUCUUGGUCAGCCCUAUGCUAGCCUUGUAAGAUAGGCCAGUUUUAUGCCUGUAUUGCCAAUGGAGAGCUGAGUGGAAGAAAUAGUGCCUUUCUAGAGAGUUCUUAAUGGAGGCAAACCAAAGACUUCUAUCUGCUGUGCAAUGCUACUUCUCUUUUAUCUGGAAAUAAAUUGCUUCAUAAGGUAGAGGAAGGAGAUGUAAGAUAACUUUAGUCUCUGCUUCUGCUGGUCAUCUUCUGCCCUGUCCCCUUCCUUCCUUCCUCAUUUUCUGACCCCUAGCUUGCAUAGACCUCGCCAUACUGUCCACUGCCUUCAUAAUUAAAUGUUGUGUAUAAAAAUAAUUAUGCACAUAAUUAAAUGUCGUGCAUAAAAAUUUCGAAAGAAACUCUGGCAACUUGUUCUUGACUCCUGAACUGGAGUUUAAAUAAGCAGCCUCACACCCUCUGGCUUGAAACCUAUUACAUCUUAGAGAUCUCUACUGAUUUAUGGUUUUAAUUUGACAUAACUCAUUUAGCCUGCAAUCCUAUGCACACUUAUUGGAUCGUACGUCUCUCCUUUUAAAGUCAAUGAGCCUUUCUUGGAAGUUGCCUAUUCACAUGCAUAGGUUUGUUGCCUUUAGUUACUUUGGAAGCAGCAUUUAUUUCACUGGAACAUUUUGGUCUGCAUUUCCUUUGAUGCCCAGGGUUGUCAUUCUGAAAAUCAUUCUGAAUUUAAUGGCCCAGGUGUAUUCCUACUAUGAUAGCUGUGAAUGCACUUUGCCAAAGGUCUUCAUGUUUCACAAGCAUUAAGAAACAGAACAAGGUUUUCUGGUCUUUUUUGAUAACCUCUGUCUGGGUCUCUUUAUUAAACCUACUUCAAGCUGCUGCCUUUUUAUUAUUAAAGCAAAUUCUUGUUUUGUUUUUUAAAAAAACCUUUGUAAUAGGAUACAUUAAAUGCUUCCCACUUGAUAAGUUUUACUAGUUGCAAAUUUAGAGGGUUGUUUUUCUUUUCUUCAGGCAUAGAUAAUUGUGUCUGGACAUGAAGGAAUUUCCUUCAUCUUAAAAACUGCUGAAGAACAUCUAUGCCUGAAGGGCAAAACUCCAACUUAGAAUUAUCCACACUGACUGGCAACCGCUCUGCAAGGUUUCAGACAGGAGUCUCUCCCAGCAGAUGCUUUACCUGUCUUUUCCUAUGCUGAGUAUCUUCUUAAUCACCAUAGUUCUUGGGCCUCCCUCAGGUUAAUACAUGAAUGUAAUGAACCCUUCUCUGCCUGCAGAUGUAGUGGAAAGAGUAUUGUUAUAGAUUUUGGGGGGUGAUCCCCCUAAACCCUAGAAAUUAGUAAAUGUUAGGAUUUUCAUUAAUUGAGAUUUGGGACGCGGGUGGCGCUGUGGGUUAAACCACAGAGCGUAGGACUUGCCAAUCAGAAGGUCGGCGGUUUGAAUCCCCACAACGGGGUGAGCUCCCGUUGCUCGGUCCCUGCUCCUGCCAACCUAGCAGUUCGAAAGCACGUCAAAGUGCAAGUAGAUAAAUAGGUACCGCUCCAGCGGGAAGGUAAAUGGUGUUUCCAUGCGCUGCUCUGGUUUGCCAGAAGUGGCUUAGUCAUGCUGGCCACAUGACCCAGAAGCUGUACGCCGGCUCCCUCGGCCAAUAAAGCGAGAUAAGCGCCGUAACCCCAGAGUCAGUCACGACUGGACCUAAUGGUCAGGGGUCCCUUUACCUUUACCUUACAAGCUGUGCCAGACAAGGAAUUCCUCCUGUCUUAUGCAAACCAGCCUGACUGGUCUAGUGAAGAGUAAAUCUGUUAACAUGACAAAAGGUGUUGAUGGCCAUCUGAAGGGAAUCAUUUGGCCUGGGGAGACAGAUAUUGCCAAGGUGUUGGUGUGUCUGUUUGAGGUGAUGGGAUUCGCCAAAGGAAGGGGGGGGGAAUGCCUGGAACCCUCUGGGAUCUUCCUAUCACUGGGCAGAGGGUUGGGGUGGUACCCAACUUUUGCAACAGUAUGAAGGAGGAAGGUGUGUGUGUUCCUAGUGGGUGGAUUUGGAGACAAUCUGGUUGUUGGGAAAGCUGGAUGUUUAGGCCUUCUUGCAGUGUUAAAACCCCUUGUCUGAGUAUUGUAUAGUACUGUAUACCACUGAAGGCAGAGGGCUCACAGGAUUACUGUAUGGAGGAUCAUUUAGUCAUACAAUUCUCCCACUUGAAAUCUUACCACUCAGUGAGAACUAGGUCGUAGUCCCAAGGGCUGUUGUUAUUGCACUGUUGGAGGUUUGCCAUAACCUCUUCUGAAGAUCGCUCCUUGUUUAUCUUCCGGCAACUCCUGCUGAUAGUGCCUAACUCCUGACUAGAAGAUAUCAGAUGGAAACCCAUUAACAGCAUGCUGUUUUGAUCCUGGGGAGAAUGCAACCUAGGCUGCCUGCCUGAGUAGAGCUGGUGGACUUUGGCUCUUUCUGCUUCAUUUUCUUGGCAACAAGUCAUGGAGAGACAGAUAAAAGAGGAAAAUUAUUGGUUCUGCUUAUAUCUCUUUGAUUCUUGCACCUAUUAAUUUCUAAUUGCAUGAUGCUUCCAAGCAAGGAAGAUGGGGAGGAAAGGGUCAAAGUGGGCAGGCUAGCUUUCUUGCUCUUUAAGCUGUCAUAGUUUGUAUGACAUUGUGGCUGAAAUAAAAUGAGGGCCAUUUGCAAUGAUUUCUUAGAAAUCUUAGAAAGGUGGACUUGACCACAAAGGGCAGGAAACAUGUGCAAGGUAAAGAGCCAAGUGGCAGUAGCUUAGCAUCACUUGUAAACAUGUAGAAGCUGCUUUCUACCAAGUUAGACCAUUGGUCCAUCUAGCUUUUUCUGGUCUUCGCUGGCUGGCUGGCUCUCCAGCAUUUUGGAGAGUGGUCUUUCCAGUUCUACCUGGAGAUGUCAGGGAUUGAACUGGGAACCUUCUGCAUGCUAAGCAUGGGCUCAACCACUGCUCUAUGGCCCAUCCCUUCCAUUAGUGUACCAUAAGAGGAGUCAGAGCAUAUUUCCUAAGUAGUUUAAGGUGCAUUCCUGGAUGCAUCCAUCACUCUUUGCCUCUUUGUGUAGACAGGGACUCCACAGAGUUUCCUUCACUACCCUUUCUGCCACUUUAUGGGCAGUGGGCGACCUCAUCUAAAGGCGGGCAUAAGCUGUGAUGGGGAGCUAGUGGCGCCUCAGAGGUUGCUGGGCUGUAACUCCAAAUAUCUCCUACCACUGGCCAUAUUGACUGGGGCAGAUGGGAGUUGGAGUGCAAACACAACCGUUGGCCACACGUUCCUCAUCCCCAGUGUGAAAGACUAGCAGGAAUUCCCCAGUGCAGCCCAUGUGACACCUGGAGGGUAUGAGGGAAUUCUAGAAGCAUCAAUAGAAAUCAUGGCCCUGUCCCUGACCGGACAAAGAAUGAUGAGAGGCAACAGUAUAUGAAAUGCACUGAAUAUCCAAGCAGUAUUCCUGCCCAUGGUUCUGGGAUCAAAUUAAGACAAUGUAUACAUUUACCCUUUAUUAAAGUUUUAGGAUAGAAAUUCAAUUUUGAUCAAAGAAAAACGAAAGAAUUAAAACCCUGUUCCACAGGUAUCAAAAGUUUGGGAAAUGCCCCAGGGAUGCCAGUGCAUAAAUAUUUCAACUUGAGUCAGCAGUAAUUUGAAACUGUUGCAAAACACACCAAAACCAAAAUCCAAUUUAAGCAGCAUUAAGAGAAGAACUAUCCACAAGAUAUUCAGACCCUUUGCUGCAGUAUUUCGCCUGUCUCCGUCAUCAGAUUAACACUUAUGUGAAGAGUCCAAGGAGGUCAAGAAGAUAAAGAAUAGUCUUUGUAUUAUGCUUUUUAUAUUUAUUCCCUUUCUUUAGAAACCUAGAGGCUUUCAAGUACUCACCAGGCUGGAAGGAGACGAGCUCUCACCCCCACAAGUGAUAUAGGACCCAGCAGAAGCUCUGACGUAACUCUUAUUUGCCAGAUUGUCUGCUGUUCCCAAAGCCCUUUGAGCCAUGAACCAGAGCAAGUAGGAAGGUGCCUCUAAAUUAGGCAGAUUACGUGGCACUCCCAACAGAUGGACGCCAACAACAAUAAUGCAGAAUUUCAUAUGGGCUAAACAUAAAAUGAAGAGAUAUGCUGAUUAAACAAAUAAAUCUCUGAAUAAAAUGUUUCAGUGACAUUUAAAAUAAAAAUAUGUUGCUAGAAUAACCAGUAGAUGUCUAGCCAAGCAUAUUCAUACAAUACAACUUCAUUCCUAAGCACACAUACUGGGAAGUAAACUCUAUUGAAUUUACUGCAUAGGAUUGUCCUGUUACCCCAUGACAAAAGACUAAUAUUGUCAAGAGAAGUUUAUAAAUGAUUGUCAAUUUUAAAAAUCAUGAACUGGCCAUGGGGACCCAGUUUCUAGAUAUAGAUAGGAUGAUCACUCCACUGGUAGGUUAAGAAUCAACUGACCACUUCCUGGAUCAAUUUUUCAAUGACGAAAACUACAGUGAUUCAGAAACUUCCACUGGUGCAAAAUUCAACAGCCAGGUUGCUCAUGGAGGCAAGAUGGUUUGAGCCUACAGGUGGUGACCAUUCUGCAUAUAUUUCAUUGACACACAACCACCUAUGCACAGGUCAUUUUGGACCCGGAAGAGGGCAGAACGUGCUUGUGUGCACUCCGCUGAUGGGUGUGAAUGUCCAAAAUGCAACCCCUGCGCAAAUAAAGAGUUGCCUGCUUUAUACUGAUCCUGGCCUGACUGCACUGGUUGCCAAUUAGUUUCCAGGCCCAAUUCAAAGUGAACUGACUGGACCCCGUGCUCAUAAUCUGAGGUCCUUCUUAAGGUGCCACCUGCAUGAGAGGUUUGGAGGGUGGCAACAUGAGAACGGGCCUUUUCUGCAGUGACUCACUGUUUGUGGAAUGCUCUCCCCAGGGAGAUUCGCCUGUCACCUUCGUUGCAUAUCUUCAGGCAUCAGGCAAAAGCAUGUUUGUGGGGGCGGGGAAGGUUGUUGGUUUGUUUCUAUUGUUUUUAUUUUAUUUUGUAUUUUUGAUCUUUGGAUGAAGUGCGCUAUACACAUUUAAUAAAUAAAUAAUAAUAACAAUAAUAACUUAAAAUCCAAUAUUAUGAAUAUCAGUUAGUGUCUGAGAGCGUCCCAGGUGUACUGAACUAGUUUUGUGGGUUUUGUUCCAUCUUCAGCCACAUCCUGAAAACAUUACCAAAAAUAGAAAGUAAGGCCUUUUUUUUACCUUCCAAUUACUGAUGAGCAUCCUUAAACUAGCCUUGAUGUCCUUCACAUUAAUUGUCUUUUCUGCAUUGCAGCUGGCCUGCAAUUUUUGCAAAUAGUAGUUCUUGCAAAUAGCAGUUUCUGCCAGUGUGGUGACAUCUGAAACGGGUUCUUCUUUUGCAUGAGCUGUUCUUGUCCUUUCAAAGACAGAAUUUUCUCUCUGACACCUAGAAGAACAGUAUCAACCUUACUGCAGUACAGUGGUGCCCCGCAAGACGAAUGCCUCGCAAGACGGAAAACUCGCUAGACGAAAGAGUUUUCCGUUUUGGAGGUGCCUCGCAAAACGAAUCUGCUAUGGGCUUGCUUCGCAAGACGAAAAUGUCUUGCGAGUUCCUGGGGUUUUUUUCCCCUUUUCCCCCUCUUUUUCUAAGUCGCUAAGCCGCUUAUCUGCUUAUCCGAUAAGCUGAUAAGCCGCUAAAAGCCGCUAAUAGCGCUAAUAGCGCUAAUCCGCUAAUCCCAUCAAUGGGCUUGCUUCGCAAGACGAAAAAACCGCUAGACGAAGAGACUCCCAGAACGGAUUCUUUUCGUCUUGCGAGGCACCACUGUAUCAGUCCCCAGCAGCAAAAGCAGUACCCUCGGAUUUAAACUUGUAGCCCGUUUUAAAACUGAAAAAGAAGCAGCUCACAAAAUGGGGGAGGGAUGGGGUAAUUGGGCCCCUAAAGGACCAGGUGCGCAGCUUGGAAGUCGUUUUAGACUAAGAGCUGUCCAUGGAGGUACAGGUCAAUUCUGUGUCCAGGGCAGCUGUCUACCAGCUUCACCUGGUAUGCUGGCUGAGACCCUACCUGCCUGCGCAUUGUCUUGCCAGGGUGGUACAUACUCUGGUUAUCUCCACUUGGACUACUGCAAUGCGCUCUAUGUGGGGCUACCUUUGAAGGUGACUCAGAAACUACAACUACUCCAGAAUGUGGCGAUUGGUGACUGGGAGCAGCCACCAGGACCAUAUAACACCGGUCCUAAAAUAUCUAAAUUUGCUCCCAGUACGUUUCCAAGGACAAUUCAAAGUGUUGGUGCUGACCUUUAAAGCCCUAAAUGGCUUGGGCCUUGUAUACCUGAAGGAGCAUCUCCACCCCCCAUCGUUCAGCCCAGACACUGAGAUCCUGCUCUAAGUGCCUUCUGGCAGUUCCCUCAUUGCGAGACAUGAAAUUGCAGGGAACCAGGCAGAGGGCCUUCUCAGUAGUGGCACCCACCCUGUGGAACACCGUCCUGUCGGAUGUCAAGGAAACAAACAACUGACUUUUAGAAGACAUCUGAAGGCAGCCCUACACUGUAUAGGGAAGUUUUUAAUGUUUGAUGUUUUACUGCGCUUAAUGUUUUAAUUAACCAACCCAGUCAGAUGGGUGGAAGCCAGUGCAGAUUAUGAAAAGUUUAAGAAACAGCACCUAUCGCAAAUGAAUAACCAGGCGGGUAGCAUUUUAUAUCAGUUUACAUUUUCCAUUGCUUUUCAGGGCCAUUACUGUGUAAGUCAUGUCCCAGGAGUCAAAUCUUUAUAUUAUUAAACCAUGAAUAAUCACAUCCAGGUCAAAAUGGCAGCAUAGCAAUCCCUAGAUAUCACCAAAAGUAUUUUAGAUCAUUUGUUUUGGUAUCUGCCCCCAACAGCAAAAAGCUUUAGUUCAGAUAGAGAAAGCCUUUCAUUACAAGACCUUUUAAGCAGUGCACUUCUUAAAAAAGAAAACAUAUACAAUUGAAAACACUUCACCGAACAGCAAGACAUGAAGCUCCUACCCCUGCUGUUCUGUCCAGAACUACUUGAGUCACUCACACACAUGAAUAUCAUUAUAAUUCUUGGGACACAGGCUGAUCCCCCUCAGCUAGAUAAAACAGAAACAGUAGCUAAUUGUGAGUUGCAAACUUAGCCAGAUAAACUGCAUCAGAAUAAGACAAAAGGGCAGGAAAACAUUAUCUACACAGAUUGACAGCAACCAGAUAAAAUACCUAUCAAAGGGCAAAGACAAAUAAGUUCAGAAUCGAUUUUCCUUCCAGUUGCUCAUAAUGCCAAAUAGCAGUAAAACAAAAUGAGUAGGUAACAACCUAUUCUCAUUCCUUUCCCACUCCUGCUUCUCUUGUCAGUAGGGCUGAGCCUAGAGAACUAGGCUCUUUCUGAGCCUUGCCUUCACUGCUAUGUACCUGGCUAGCUUCCCCCAAUUUGUGCUGCAGCCAAAUAGUCUCAGGGGACCUUUUUUUUUUUUUUAAAGGGUGCGUAGAUCAACUACAGCAGUUGUUCUAGUGAAUGGUGGUAUAAUGGGGGGGGGGGGUUGAUCAGAUGAGUCCCUUGGGGAUAGAAAGUGAACAGGAAUGAAAAAGGGAAUGAAAACAGGAAUGAGAAAGACAAGUCCCUCUGGAAGGCAAAGCUUUGGUUCACUGUAAACCUGCCUCGUUUUUAAUACUUGCACUCUAGCUUUUGAAACUGUAGGCUGCUUUUUCAAACCAAACUGAGGUCUGUACCUACACUUUACGCUAAUAAGCUGCAUUUAAAACCUAAGCCGAGCCUACGCUGAGCUUGAACUAAAAGCUAAGCCUGUUAUUUAUGAAUGGAUUUUCCUGCCAGCUGGGGGCGCAUUGUGGUCUUUGUUAAUGCAGAACUUUAUAUAAGCUCCGCCCUAUUUUGGAAACCAAGCUAAGCCCAGGUUUCUGGGUUGUGGUUUACUGGUAGAGGAGAGCUGCAAGAACUGUAAAUUUCUACAGAAUUAUUAUCUCCCCCAGGAUUGAUUUCAUGAGCUGUACAUUUCUACAGGAUUGUCGGGACUCAGUUCAUGCCAUGUAGUGCCCUUUGCUGAACCUUUGUUGCUUAAAUCUGUGAGGAGGAAAAACGCCUAACCCUGGUUAUGCUUCCCAUCCUGCAACAUUUUAACUGUGUGCAGUUAAGUACCGUAAUUUUAGACUCUGAACUUAAUAGUCUUAUGGAGGGCUCCAUCUUUAGAUCGUAAACAUGUAUUCCUUCACUUUCUUCAAAAGCUCAUUGACCAGAAACAAAUGUCUUUGACAGAUAGUUAAAAGAAGAGAAACAUAGUGAUUCCAUUGUUCCCUUUCGCAUUUUAAAAAGAACAAAUAUGGAUAAAAUACCUUAAAAAAGAAACUUUGUUGCUAUUGUUUUUAAAAGAAAGAACAAUCAGAAGAUUUCCCCCUAGAGGGGGACUGCGAAAUUGUAAUUAAUUCCUGGGAGCUUGCAGCUGCCACAGAUUACAACCGUGGGAAAGAAUUUGUGACCUUGCAGGAUAAUGUCUUCAGAAGCACUGUUGGGUGCUCUCUGCAAAAUAAAUGCCCUAUUGGAUCAGUUAAGCCAGAAGACGGAUUUGAUGACUAAUGCGGCCAGAACCUUUGAACAGGUAGUGGGAAAUUAUAUGGAGCCCACCCAGGAGCUAAAACAGGAGUGUGCCAUGACAGAACAGCUGAGAGAAGAGGAUGCUGCUGAAUCUUGGGCGCCAGAGACGGAGGGAGCUGCGGCCCAGCAGGAACAUAAAUUUUUGGAUUUGACAAAUGCACUUGGAAAAAACCAGACUUGGAAAGAGAAAGUUUGGUUUGGUUUGGAAAUGGGGGGUUGGACAGACCCCCCUAUACAGGGAGAUUUGGACUUUUCGAGUCUGGCAAUGGGCCGUCAGAUGUUUGGAGCUGUGGGGGCUCUCAAUUUUGGAGGGAAUCUGAAACGUGUUUUUAAAUACCACAUGGAGUCUAGUCUGGACUAUGGAAAAGGGGCUGAUUUGUUGAAAAGGGUCAAAAACAUUACCAAGCUGGAGUUCCCACGAACGAAAGGAAAAUAUGAAGAAGAGCUGCGGAAGGGACAUGGAAGAGACUUGAGGGCUUCGGAUAUAAGAUUACCAGGUUAAUGUGCUAGAUUAAUAAGAUAAAAAGGACUGACAAAACCCGGGACCAGGAGGAAGAGACGCUGGAUGAAGAUUGGAUUGUUUAUUUCUUUUUUUUUAUCAUUAGGAUUGUUCUAUAAAAUUGAUGAAUUCUAGAAAAAUGUUGAAAUGAAAUUACUUGGCUCUUGUAAAAAUGUCUAAAGAAUUUGGUAAGAAUGUUAUGGCUAGGAGAAGUUGGUAAAAAUAAGAUUUAAGUUUUAAACUUUAAGGUUUUCUAUAAGAUAAGAUGAAAAUAGUUUAAGGUAAUGUAAUGACAGAAUACUAUGAAUUAUGGAAAGGAUUUGCUGUGAUUAUUAUUAAUCAGGAUACAAGAAAAGGGAGGAGGAGGAGGUCAAAGAAAGAAGGUAUUGAAAGUGGAGAAUUUGAGAAUGAUGGUUUUAUUUUAUUUUUUAUUUUUCUGUCUUGUCUUUUUUGUGUGUGUAAUUUUAAAAAAAUUUUCCCCCCAAUAAAUAUCAUUUUUUUAAAAAAGGAAAAAAAACAAAAUGUGGUAAUCCAGCUCUCGUGUGUUAGGGGUGUGAUAGGAAUUUUAUGGUCUUAGAUAUAUGGUAAUGUUCAUAAGUGUACCAACCAAGCACGUACAUAGAUCAGCACAGGAAGACCAACCUGGAACCAUUUUGAUUCCUAAACUGAGCCAAUGUUUUCUCCACAAGGUCAAAGUGGGAAACCUCCCAUUGUCUCUUUUCUCACAAAUCCUGUCUUAAGGGCACAUUUAAGAUAUGAAUAGGGUGUGAGCCUGUGACAUGGCCCAGGAACUAAGUAUUUAUUACUACAAAAGAAUGGCCAGGCUCCCCAGGCAAUCCAAUCAAGUAACCUGCCAGACAGGAGAUAAACAGGAACAGGAGAGGGAAAAACAACAUUCAAAUUUCUGUUUAGACCGCCUUUUCUGUGAUGUAGGUAUGAUGUAUCUGGGGGGGGGCCUUAGGUUUGAAGAGGUUGAGCCCAGUCGGUGGCACUGGCUCAAAGGCGAAGCUAACAAGGUUACACUCCUUCUAUGAUGUAUGUAUGAUGUUUCUGGGGGUGGUCUUGAUCUACAGGGUGGCAAUUUUAAAAGUCUUUAUAAGGCCUUGCAUGCCAUUUUUCUGGGUUGCUCCUCUCUCCUGUGGGUGAGGGGAGCACCCUGUUGCAACAGAUCAAUAAAAAUCAAGCUUACUAGCUGUUUUGCUUCUCAAUAUUUUCUGGUUGGCCUCUGUUAUUCUCUCCUACCAAUAGGGAACCUAUGUAAGGACUCUAUAUGGGCUCUUAGAUACCCCAUAAGGGAAAAGGGCAAUUUUUGUUUAUAACAGGGGGACCUCUAGCUCAUUCUGCUGAGUGGGGUGGUGGUGGGGGCUUGGCUUCUGCCCCUGAUGGCACUGCUGCCUUUUACCCAACCAAUGAUUAAACAACCUCUGUGGGCUAGGAAAUAUUUAACCCAACUUCUCUCUUUCUUUCCCUUUGUCUUCCCUCCUUCCCAUCCCAGGAUGAAGAUGAGACGCCACAAACUCUUUUUGACUCUGUGCAUGGCUGGUCUUUGCCUCAUCUCUUUCCUUCACUUCCUGAAGGCCCUCUCCUAUGUCACAUUCCCCAGGGAGCUGGCGUCGCUUAGCCCCAACCUGGUCUCCAACUUCUUCUGGAACAAUGCACCCGUCACACCUCAGGUCAGCCCUGAGCCUGGGGGCCCGGAAUUCCUCCGUACUCCGCUGUACUCCCACUCACCUCUGCUCCAGCCCCUCUCCCCAAGCAGAGCUGGCGAAGAGCUGCAUAGAGCCGAGUUUGUGCUGCCUGAAGACACGGCGGAAUACUUUGUGCAUACCAAAGCUGGCGGUGUCUGCUUCAAACCAGGCACCAAGGUGUUGGAAAAGCCACUAGUGGGCCGGCCAGAGGAGAAAAUAGAAGGAGCUGCUUCGGGGCGGACAGGCCGGAAACCUCUGAGCACCAAUGGGACAAAGCGGCGCAAGUGGGUGGAGUGCGUAUGCCUGCCUGGCUGGCAUGGGCCUAGCUGCGGGGUGCCCACCGUGGUCCAGUACUCGAACCUCCCCACUAAAGACCGGCUGACCCCGCGGGAGGUUCCUCGGAGAGUCAUUAAUGCCAUCAACGUCAACCACGAAUUUGACCUCUUGGACGUGCGUUUCCACGAGCUGGGCGAUGUGGUAGAUGCCUUUGUGGUCUGUGAGUCCAACUUCACCGCAUAUGGUGAGCCACGCCCCCUCAAGUUCCGCGAGAUGCUUCUCAAUGGCUCCUUUGACUACAUCCGCCACAAGCUGCUCUAUGUCUUCCUGGAUCACUUCCCCCCAGGUGGGCGCCAGGAUGGUUGGAUUGCCGAUGACUACCUGCGCACUUUCCUGACUCGGGAUGGCAUCUCCCGCUUCCGCAAUCUGCGGCCCGAUGACGUUUUCAUAAUUGACGACGCCGACGAGAUCCCGGCCCGCGACGGCGUGCUCUUCCUCAAACUCUACGAUGGCUGGACGGAGCCUUUUGCUUUCCACAUGCGCAAAUCCCUCUACGGAUUCUUCUGGAAGCAGCCCGGCACCCUGGAGGUGGUUUCUGGUUGCACGGUGGGGAUGCUCCAAACUGUUUACGCCACAGAUGGGAUUCGCCUGCGCCGGAGGGAGUACUACACCAUGCCAGGCUUUCGGCAGUAUGAAAACAGCACAGGUCACAUCCUGGUGCAGUGGUCACUGGGUAGCCCGCUCCAUUUUGCUGGCUGGCACUGCUCUUGGUGCUUUACACCAGAAGGAAUCUACUUCAAACUGGUGUCAGCCCAGAAUGGGGAUUUCCCCCGCUGGGGUGACUACGAGGACAAGCGGGACCUUAACUAUAUCCGGGAGCUAAUUCGGACUGGCGGGUGGUUUGAUGGCACCACCCAAGAGUACCCUGCUGCGGACCCCAAAGAACAAAUGUAUGCCCCCAAAUAUCUGUUGAAGAACUACCAGCGAUUUAGUUACUUAUUGGAGAACCCUUACCAGAAAGCAGAGGGGGCUGGGUGAGGGGAGUGGGGCUUGCAUGGGACUUUACGGAAAAAGGGGGAAGUGGGGUACGUCUUUUGUUUUUCUUCCCCCCCUCCCCACCCACUCCUCUUGGAGAAGUGUGUGUUCUCUCCAGCCUCUGUUUGCCCCAUCCCAGAAAAUAUACUUGGGUGUGUCUGGGUGUGGGGGAGAUUCCAAACCAUGUAAACAAGGACCAGAGGAUGCAGGAACUGGCCCUGAGAACCAGCAGGAGGUACAGCUCCUUCACCUCUCUUGUGGGAUGGAAGAAAACUCUUAAGACAGGUAGCGCCUCUCUGUGUGACAUGGAGAUGAGAAGGAGCACACAGCUGGAUGUGUGAGGGUGCAGAAGCCUCGAGUCUUUGUAGUUUAGGUGGGCGUGAUGUCAAACUCCAUUGCUAAAAGCCAAUGUUCAUCUGAGUCAUUUGAAACCAAUGGGUGUCCAAUUAAGUUCUGCUCUCCUAGCAUAUUGCCACUUGUUCAGCCCAUAGAGGUUAUGGACAGAGGUCAGGGUAGAUGUGUGGACUCUUCUUGUCUUGGUCGUUUCAAGAGCAUGUGGUGGUGUUUGGCCAAAGAGCACCGUGUCCCUGGAUACAAUGCUCUUUAUUUGGAGCCAGAACAGGUGGGUGGCAGCUUCACUAGGAAAUGUGUGUAUAAGUGUGAAAGAACUUUCGUAGGUGACUCCAGGAGUCAUGUCUGUCUAGGAUAUGUAUAUUUUGCCACGUGUGUUUGUUACAUUUGAGUGUGGGUGUGCACACAAACUGGGAGCAUGGUAGCACCAAAGAACUCUGCUUUCCACCUGAUGAUGAUGAACAUUCAGGGAAAAACUCUCUGCAAAGUGGCAGGCUAUGGAGGUCGAAAAGCUGUCUGGUUUUGCUCAUUAAAUGGAUAGUUUUGGUAGCCAGUCUCUAAUGUGGAAGGAACAUGACAGUAGGGCUGUAGCCCACAGACUUGCAAGGGGAAUGCCCACUGAGGUCCUACUUUCUCUCUUCCACGACAACAAAAUGUGCUGUUUACAUUUUCAGUUAAAACAGUGUGCAUGUCAUGCUUAGAGUUGCUUUUAAGGAAAGGAGAUAUUAGGAUGCUAAAGCUACAGCGCCCAUUCUACUACUUCUGGAACAGGAGAGGUGUAAAGGUACUUGGCUCUAUGAUGCCACCAUUUUGAGGACAGUGCUAUAUUGGAAGUCUAGCACUUGCACGCCUAUAAUGUGGUUUGCAUAGGCAAGUAGAGGGGACAGGGUGUGUGGCGGAUGAGGCUGAUGUAAGAGCCAAGCGUUUAAGUAUUCCAUUUACGGUGUGCAUCCUUUCUCCUUUGGUGAAGAGGCUCCACUAUGUCUCUUUUAAGUUACUAUAUGGAGUCAGGGUGAAAUGUAUUGUAAACCCCAUGUUAUGUUUGCUGCUAAGGAAAUAUAUUAAACAGUGAGCUACUAUGCUAACUGCAAAAAAUGGGUGAUGUGUGUGCAGCAAUAGGAGGUGCACACAGGUUCCUUGCCACUGGAACAGUAUGUUACUCAGAUGUGUGGUGUGUGUUUUCUCUCUCGUUCCCUUUGUCUUUCCUGCCCUUCAAAUGCAUUAUUCCUGAUCCCUAUAAAAGACACAGAAAGUGCUGUGUCUUCUUUAUAGUUUUCCUUUGGCAUCACUCCUAAUGCUUUGUCUCCAUGAUGCGCUCAGCCAGUUCAUGCUCUACCAUUUUCAUGUGAUGAAAUCCCUUUGCAUUGACUCUUCUUUUUUGGUGCAGCUGCUGGUCUUGUGAAUGCUUGGAUAGCUCAAGAUGAUUACACCUCUUCUAGUGGCAAACUUUCUGGCCUGUGGGUUUGAGCCAAGGGGUGGUGGGAGAAGUGGCUCCCUGUACCAACCAAAGUCAUCUUGCGUUUAGCUGUGCCAUGUAAAAAUGGUUGUAUGAGUUGACCUUUAUGCCUUUAAAAUGAAGGAAAUUCCGGCCUAAAGCUGAGCUCACUUGAAGCCCCUUUUCUUUUUGUUGGAUGGGUGAAUGGAUUGGCUGGUGAUGCCAGCCUAACUCUGUGCACCACUCUAAGGCAAUGCUAAAUUUUGUACAUGGUUCCUUUCUCUGUUGAAGCAUUAGACCACCCUUAUCUAACCUGGUGCCCUUCAAGUAUUGUUGGAUUCAAACUCCCAUCAUCCCUGACCAUUGGCCAUGCUGGCUGGGGCUGAUAGGAAUUACAGUCCAAAACAUCUUGAGGCCACCGUGUUGGAGAAGGCUGCACUAAAAUGACCCAUGGAAUGGGCUGCACGCUUUUUCUCUGAGAAGAUCUUCAUUGGGUUAAAGGAGAGGGAUCCUGAACCAUACUGGGUACAGCGGGCACAGUGGGGUGUAGAGUUGAUGGAGCAGAUCUCAAGCGGCUAUUCCAAAAUGUAUGUGCAGCAAUAGCAAAGGAGCUACUGGUGACAAAUGGAGGUUUGUUAAGCACCAUUGGUUCCCAGUACUGCCAUACAAAGGCCCACUACACAGAGGGAAUAGUUUUCUUUCAGUCUUCGGAGGAAAUGGGAAUCUAGGCUUUGACCUUCAGCUCUCAUGACCCAGCCUGCCUAACACAAUCGUUGCAGUAUGUUCCUUCACUACUGAUGUGUGUUGAGAGGCAAGGGAGGGGGAGGGGGGAGAGAUGGGCUCCAGCUCUUGGGACAUGGAGAAUGUGAGCUUUGGCUAUGCUGCAGUGCUUGGUUGUGAGCCUGCAGCGUGUUGGGACAAAAUUCAGAAAAAUAGCCCUUCAAGAAAUGAGGACCAAGGGGAUGACUUCACCAUAUCUUCAGCAUUGUGCUGCUUUCCUGCAAACCGAGCUCCUUCCUCCAAUCCAGCCCGCUGUUCAUUUCAGUCCUUGCACUUGCUCUACAGGGCAUGCUUUGUGCACAUCUAGGGCUUUCACAAUUACUGCUCAUGAAUUCGUAAUACUCCCAUCACUGCUGUCUCUAGGCUCCAUCUGUCACUGAAAAGCGCAACACACACAGACAGCCAGGCUGUUCCUAGCCCCGCUAUACUUUCCGCACCUCUCCCCCUUCCUUGGGGUGGGGGGUUUGCCCCCCCCCGCCCCGUUGUGUGCAAGCAACAGAUCCCAUUGUAAUUGGAUAAGUUAGCGCUGAAUUCCUUUGGGACACUGAAAGAACUCUUUGUUCUGGUCCCCUUCUUUGACUGCACCAAAGUGAAACUUGAAACUGACCUCUUGGGUUGGGGGUAGGGGAAGAAAAGGAGAAUUUACAGUAAAAGCUUUGCUUUUUAAAAAAUAGGACUGCCUUUUGCGUACGAUGGUGUGUUUUUUUAACAUUUCCAGUUUAAGAACCCUCUAUUUAAUUAUUUAUUACGUAGUGGGAACAGAGUCCCACAUUAAGGAACUUUGCACUAAUAGAAAAGCCUUUGGACUUCUGCAUUCCGGUGGGAGGUGGCCAAUAGUGGCUAAAGGAGAAACGACGUUGGGGAAGUAUCUUGGCAAGCCAGUAAUUAGGCACCUAAUUUUAUGCCUUGACUUGCAGAGUCAAUGGGAAAUGAGUGAGUCAAAUAUUAAAUGUGUAUGCAACAGGUAGAAGAGGAGAGCUCCGAGAUGAUUGAAGAACCUGCCCUAAUGGAAGAUCCUUUAGGCACAAUUGUAGAGGAACAACUGAUGUAGAAAAAUCAGGGUGUGCUCAGCCUCCAUCUUGUAAUAAGACUGUACCCAGCUGGUACCACGUAGAGAAUCUGAGAUCCUUGCACAUCAUUACAAAGGUAAUGGGUCCGUCCCCACUUCCACUUGUCCCUUGCUUUCUAGCCAGAGGUCUGAGUGAUUUUGCCAAUUGCGGUUUGUUCCAAUUCAGCACUAAACUAUGGGUUUUCCCAUGAGAAAGCAGUGGGGCAGACAGAAGUGUGGAUGAGCCCUUGGUGUGGUUGGUGGGCAAAGCCAGCCUCAUUUUGGAGUGUGUCAGUGGCUGCAUACUAAUGAGUAGCUGAUGCUGUGCAAGUGGUUAUUUAGUGCCUGCCCCUCCAUCAGUUUAAUGUAUACACAGAAUUUGUGUUCAGCAUUGCAGCUGCAGUGACGUCGUGUCUUAACUGUAUUGAUGAGUGUUUGGAAAGAACUUUGGUUUUUAGAAUAACUCAUGCCACUUCAAAUGGGCAAAGGGUGGGCUGACUUAAAAGUAUUAGCAGAGUUCUUUCCUGCUAUGCAGAAAGGUUUGGAGCAGUCUUUGUUAUAGUGCUGCAUAAUUGCUACUUGCAAGUGUACCAAUAGUACUAUAACCAUCAUGAUGCACUAUCCUCAUGAAUGCCAGCAUAUAACUUGUAGCAGAGCUAGCUUGAGUCUCCUCUCUCCAUGAAUAGCUGGAGGAAGUUGGGGAGUAUCUCUUUCCCAUUUUCCCCACAACAGACCCACCUCACUUAUCCCUAGUAGACCUCCAGAAGUAUUGUCAUGGCCAGUGACAGCAACUAUGGCCAGUAACUGUGGAGAGAGUGCCCACUUUGUAGACAGGAUUUAGAGGAUAACUUCCCAUUUGUUCAGAGAAACUCUAUCUCCCAUAGUGCCACAUUCCACUGUCUUCAAACCUGAUUUGUACAAAAUGAGGUUGUGAAAUUGGUCUUUGACUCUACCUCUUUUUAAGUUGCAAGGUAUGUGGGGGGUUGAAUGCUUUUCCUUAUCUGAAAACAAAACUAACUUCCCUGUGUGAGAGAAAGAUGUGAGGGAGAAGAAUUAUAGCCACCAUUGACUUUUCUAUGAUUUGUUUGUUUUGUGUCUCUAGGGAUUCCUACCCACCCUCACCAACGAGAUAG